AUGCUCAAGGGCAUUCCUCUCUCUAGGCUUGCCACUGCUGCUCCACACCUUCUUGCCAGACUUGUGAGGAAGCUGGAUAAAGAGGUGACUAGCAGCCUUACAGGGGAGGUAGGGAAGGCAUUUGGGGAGUCAUUGAUUGGCAUGGAGGGUGCUUUGAAAAAUGCAGGCUGCUGCACAUGCUUUUAGUUGGGAAUUAAAAGAUCACAUUUUGUUUGAGCUGGAUCCUCUGAGCGUGGCACAGAAGACAAACUUCUCCAGCAUCCCUACUGCUUGGUCACUGGUGAUGUAGGGCCACAAUCAGAAGAAAUCUUUUUCACAUAUUUACCAGCUCAUGCCAUAUUCUGCACCUGGUAUUUUGCUUUGAGGUGAAAGGAGGCUUUGUCUGGUGCCAGACAAAAAAGAGCUCACUGCACAGAAACACGGGACUGGGCUGGCUUCUCACAUAUGAGCUGCCGUCUAUUGUUUUCACCAUGUAAUGGUUUCACCAAGCAUCAUGUAAUGCUUACUAAACAACACAGUACUUGCUAUACUUUUUAUAUAUGCUGGAAGCCACCCAGAGAGGCUGGGGCAACCCAGUCAGAUGGGCAGAGUACAAAUAAAUUAUUAUUAUUAUUAUUAUUAUUAUUAUUAUUAUUAUUAUUAUCUUGCUUUGCAUAUGUGAACUGUUCACUUGAUCAAGCAAAAGGCUUUUUGAAGCAACUUUUUGAUAACUAUGAUAUUCUCUCCUUGAUAUAAUUAGCACCGUCUUCUGAAUCUACAGAGCCAGUUUUUCAACAGAAUAGGAUAAAAUGCUGUAUCAUCAUUGAUUUUGGAUGCCCCGGUUCCCCCCUCUCCCCAUCUCUUCAUUUGAACUCUCCUCAGCUGGGAACUUGUUCAGCCUGCCUUAAUGAAAGCAGCAUAUUAACUCGGCAUCAAAAAUUAAUUAUUUGAAGCUGGCGUCUUAGGAUGAGUAGAGCAAAUCCCAAACACCAGGAGGAGCCAGAGAAGUUUCACAAGCUUUUAGCGCCGCACGUUCGCUCUCCCCCCUUCUUGGCGAGGGAGAGAGAGAGAGGAAAGUAAUGACAAUUGCAAAAGCGGCCUGCGCAAAAUUGAUUUCCCUAAACUGGGGCAUAUGUGGAUUAGAGCUAGCCUGAGGUAGCAGAGUCAUUUCUGUCAAGCAGGGGAUGGCAAGAUUAUCACUAACCUGAAAGGACAGCUCAGUAGGAGCUGCCAAUUACACGUAAUGUAUGGUGUGUGGGUUUUUCCUUUAAUUGGGGAAUCGCUUAAAAAAAAAAGACAACAGAGAAAUCAUAGGAAUGAGUAGUGAACAUCAUAUCCCCUUCAACAAUCUAUGGGAGAGAGUCCUGCAGGAGACUGUGGGUAGGGAGAGGAACUUGAUAGAUAUUUCUUUGUACACCAAAGCCUCAUUAAAACUUGUGAUGGGAAGAUGAGCUGCUUGUGCGUAAAAUCGUAUUCCCUCAGAGUUUGUUCAAGUCCACAAACCUCUGUCUGUGACUGAGCCCCUCUGACAUGGCUCCUCUAGUCACUAGAAGAUUCCGACAGUGGUUGCUUUCGUAAUCGCUUCCAACAUAAAAGCUCCUUAACGGAAACACGUCUUCUGGACUCUCUGCGUGACAGUUUCCGGCGAGGAGUGGGUGUCCCUACAGGAGGUCCGGAAACCUCACCACUGUUUUCGCUGGAAGUAUCUCUGAGCCAUCCCCCCAGCUCCCUGUCCCUCAGUACAGCUUCUCUCCCCCUGCUGGUUUCCUCUUCAGCUGCUGAGUCUCUUCCAACCUGUCUGAGCCCUUUCACCUCCCUCAGUUCAGCUUCUCUCCCCCUGCUGGUUCCCUCUUCAGCUGCUGAGUCUCUUCCAACCUGUCUGAGUCCUUUCACCUCCCUUCCUUCCGAUGGCAGUUCCCUGACAUCCACCUCCCCUCCAGGGCCCCCUUCACCCCCUCUCGCCCCCUCCUCUACGGGCGGUGAGGAGGCAAAACCCGGAAUGAACUUCCUUCAUCUUCCGAUGUCUCGAACACUUCUCUCCACCUGUUGCGGUUCCUGGUCUCGAAGCACUCCUCCUCCUCCGAGUCCAUCUCCCCUUCCCCUUCCGAUUCUGGGAAUCCUUCCAACUCCUCCUCCUCCUCAGUGGUCCCAAAGUAUUCCCUCCGGAACCUCUCCACAGGCUGAGGUUUCCUCGGGAACCUUUGAUGGAACGUUUCUAUCAAUACCUCGUCAUUGAUAUCUUCGGCCAUUACCCACGUGUUUUCUGACUCCGGUUCUCCUUCCCACGCUACCAAAUACUCCACCUGAUUCCCCUUCCACCUGGCAUCAAGGAUUUCUGCCACAUGACUGCUGCAUUCUCUUUCUUCUAUGACCGGUCCCCGAGUGGCCAUCCCUUCUCGUCCCCUCGUACGGUGACAGUAACGACCUGUGAAAUACUGGGUGCAGUUUCAUGUGGUUGGGUAACCGGAGCCUGAAAGCCACUGGGUUGACCUGUUGAAUGACCUCAAAGGGACCCAACCUCCUGGGUCUUAAUUUCUUACAACCUCCUUUGAACGGCAACCCUCGGGUUGACAGCCACACCCUAUCUCCAACCCUUAUGGUUUCACCUUCCCUUCGGUUCUUGUCUGCCUGCCUCUUGUAUUCUUCCUUCGCCCUUUCUAAGUUGAGUUGGAGCUGACGGUGGAUUGCUUCCAUUUCUUCUACAAAAUGCUCGGCUGCCGGUACGCUCCAUCUCUCCCUUCUCCCCUGGGAAAGCCCUGGGAUGACACCCAUAAUUAGCCAAGAAGGGGCUCAUCCCUGUGGACACAUUCUCGGCAUUGUUGUAGGCAAAUUCCGCCAGCGCCAACUUUUCUACCCAGUCAUUCUCUCUGUCAUUGACAUAACACCUCAGGUAUUGCUGGAGGACACCGUUUGCUCUUUCCGCCUGCCCGUUGGUUUCAGGGUGCCGGGCAGUCGAAAAGUUGACCUCCACCUGCAGCAAGCUCAUGAGCUUCCUCCAGAACCUGGAAGUAAAUUGUUUUCCUCGGUCUGAGACCACCCUCAAUGGCACCCCGUGCAACCUAAAAAUGUGUUCUACAAAUAACUUCGCUGUCUCUUCCGCCGUGACUGCAUGCGAGCAAGCUACAAAGUGGCACAUCUUUGUUAGUAGGUCUACCACCACCAUGAUGGCUGUUUUCCCUUUGGACUUCGGCAGAUCAGUCAUAAAAUCUAUCGACACUGCCUCCCAAGGUCGUUCUGGUGUUGGUAAGGGUUCUAAUAGCCCCGCCGGCGCCCGCCUUUCCCCUUUGGCUCGCUGGCACUGCUCGCACCCUCUUACAUACUCACGUACAUCCUCCCUCACCUUAGGCCACCAAAAUUCCCUGGUGACCAACCACAUGGUUUUGUGUUGCCCAAAAUGCCCCGCCGUGGGGCUGUCAUGCAACUGCUUGAGUACCCUCCCCUUAAGUCUCCUUCAGGGAUAUACAGUGCCCCUUUGUAAUACAAAGCUCCAUUUCUUUCCUCGAAACCCCUUGAUUCCUCUCCCUCAUCCCUAAGACCUCUGAGCUUAUUCUGGGCGUAUUCAUCAUUCUCUGUUUCUUCUACCAGUUCUCUUUGUCCCACCAAUGCCGCCCCACACACCCAGCGGUCCUCUGGAAUGACAUGUCUCUCUUCGGGUGCUCCCUCCCCUCCAAAUAUUCAGGUUUGCGUGAGAGAGCGUCCGCCCUAAUGUUCUCUGGGCCUGGCACGUAACAAAUCUCAAAGUUAAAUUUGGAGAAUUCCUGGGCCCACCUCACUUGCCGCUGGUUGAGCACUCGUGCCGUCCUCCAAUACUCUAGGUUCUUGUGGUCAGUGCACACUUGCACCUUAUGUUGUGCGCCAAUUAGCAGGUGCCUCCAUCUCCGGAACGCCUCAUGAAUGGCUAGUAGUUCUCGGUCAUACACCGUGUAGUUCCUCUCGGAUUUGUUCAGCUUUCGCGAAAAAAGCACACGGUCUCCACUCUGACUCCUCCUUCCCUGGCUGGAGAAGCACCGCCCCAACCGCUCUGUCUGAUGCGUCAGUUUCCACUCUCAUCGGUUUUUGUAAAUCCACAUGCAGGAGCUGUUGUUCCGAGGCGAAGGCCCUUUUAGUUCCUCAAAUGCUUGCUCCGCCUCCUCCGUCCAAACGAACUUCUUCUUACUGCUGAGACAGUCCGUAAUGGGCGCCGUCAGGUGGGCAAAGUUUGGGAUGAACUUACGAUAGAAGUUCCCAAAUCCUAAAAACCUCUGCACAUCCUUCCUUGUUUUGGGUGUUUUCCAUUCCAGUACCGCCUGGACCUUGCCGGGAUCCAUGGCCAACCCCUUGUCAGACAGGCGAUACCCCAGGAAUUCCACCUCCUUGGUAUGAAACUGACACUUCUCCAGUUUCACCCACAGCUGGUUGGCUUGCAGCCUGCUCAACACUUCUCUGACGUCUCUCACAUGCUGCUCCUCAUUCUCAGAAUACACCAACACGUCGUCUAAGAAGGCCACACAAUUCUUGUAAAGCAACGGCCCCAGGACGUGGUUCAUAAACGAUUGAAAUGUUGCGGAGCCUGCUUGUAGACCGAAGGGCAUAACUAAGUAUUCAAAUGCCCCUAAAGGGGUGAACAUGGUGGUUUUCCAUUCAUCCCCCUUCCUUAUUCGUAUCAGGUUGUACGCCCCCCUUAGAUCCAGCUUGGUGAAAAUCUUUCCCUUCCGCACCCUUGUCAAAAUGUCGUCAAUCCUGGGCAUCGGGAAGGCCACUGGUUCUGACACUGCAUUUAAGGCCCUGAAGUCACACACCAGUCUCGGCUUGUUCGUGUUUUUUUGUCCACAAAAACACUGGGCUGCCCCCCCACCGCCCUGGACUCUCUGAUGAACCCUCUCUUCAGGUUCUUGUUAAUGAACUCUCUUAGCUCCUGCAUCUCUCUGUCUGACAUGGCGUACAGCUUGCCCACAGGGAGCUGUGCCCCAGGGAGCAAAUUGAUUUGACAGUCAAAGGCUCUAUGCGGUGGUAGUUGGUCAGCUUCCCUUUCGCUGAAGACGUCGCGGAGAUCUGCGUAUUGUCGUGGUACCUUCACGUUCUCCGUUACUUCAGUCCCUGCUAGGGUGGCUUGGGCCCCUGCCAAAACCUUUCCCUCUUUGCAGUGUUCUAAGCAAUGUGCUGACCCAAAAGAAACCACUCUUUGAUGCCAGCCCACCAGCGGAUCAUGUAACGCUAGCCAGCUCAUCCCCAAUAUAAUGGGAGCUCCUCCCAAGGUGGCCACAUUAAACGCUAUUAGUUCGGUGUGCCUUGCCACCUUCAUUAUCAUUGGGACGGUCUGCAAGCUGACUUCUCCUCCCAACAGCUCCCUGCCAUCGAUCGUGGUUACCUGCAGGGGUUGCUUAAAGGGAGCGUCUGUAUCUGGUGUUCAGCUGCAAACUCUUUGCUCAUGAAAUUGCAGGAGCUGCCUGAGUCCAACAGCGCCUUUAUCUUUAGAGGGUGUCCGUUUGGCAGCUCUAGUGUCACUUCUAUCACUAGGGCGGGUUUAGGAGGUUCUGGCGUGGGCACUUUCACUGCUCUUUGGCCUGGCUGCUGUGCCCCGACAAUGGCAGCCAGGCGUUGGCUUUUAGUUGCUCCGGUAUUUUUCCUCUCUUCCCUCCACAGCUCCCACCAUCCCUUGCCAUUCCUUCCUCUGGGGGCAGACUCUGGCAAAGUGCCCUGGCUGUUGGCAGAGAUAGCAUUUCCGGGCGCCUUUUCCCUCCUUUUUCCCCCCCUCACUGGGCUUUGAAACUGCGCGCGCGCGCGCUGUUCCGAUUUCCAUCGGCUCAGCCGGCGGGAAAGUUGGCUCUGGAAUGUCUGGAAUGCGGAACUCCUUCCAACGUUCCCCUUUCCCUUCCCGCCUCUCCAAUGCUCUCGCCUCCUGGCGCGCUCCUAUGGCCAGCGCUGAUUUGGUCAGCUGGUCCAUAGACUCCGCCCUGGGCGCCCGGGAAAGUUCAUCUUUCACAGCCGAAGAAAGCCCUUCUUCAAAGAGCAUUUGAAUGGGUUCCGCCGAUAAGUCCCACCCCAAUCUGUGUAUCAGCAUGGUGAACUCAGUCCAGUACUCACGUACAGAUCGGCUCCCCUGUUUGCAAGCCAUUAACUGUCUGCGCACCACUCCCUUUUCAAUAUCGCUGGAAAACAUCAGAUCCAUGGCGCGAAAGAACUUCAUCGUGUCCUUUAGGACGUCACUAUGCGCUGCCAUCAGGGGUCUAACCCAGUCUCUCGCCCCCUUUUCAAGAUGCCCAAUCACAAAAGCCACUCGUGAUUCCUCAUCAGGGAAAUCAUCAAACUGCAGAUUGAGGGCAUAUUGCAUUUCUGUCCGAAAGCUAUGAUAGUCUUUGGGCUCCCCCCCAAAUUUCUGCACCAAUCCUGGUACCUUUCUGGCGAGCUGGGUGGCUUUCUCCCUUUUGUCUGCAUCUUGAGCCCUCCUCUCCUCCAGCCUCGCCGUCUGCAGCGCCAGCUGGACCUCCAACACCCGGUACCUUUCUUCCAGGCUUGGACCCGCUCCAGCCCCUGCUUCUCCGGUUCCUGCUGGGUUGCUCAUUAUGCCUUCUCCUGCACAAGCUGCGUUCAAAGACUGUCGGAAUGCUGUGAUGGGAAGAUGAGCUGCUUGUGCGUAAAAUCGUAUUCCCUCAGAGUUUGUUCAAGUCCACAAACCUCUGUCUGUGACUGAGCCCCUCUGACAUGGCUCCUCUAGUCACUAGAAGAUUCCGACAGUGGUUGCUUUCGUAAUCGCUUCCAACAUAAAAGCUCCUUAACGGAAACACGUCUUCUGGACUCUCUGCGUGACAGUUUCCGGCGAGGAGUGGGUGUCCCUACAGGAGGUCCGGAAACCUCACCACUGUUUUCGCUGGAAGUAUCUCUGAGCCAUCCCCCCCCCAGCUCCCUUUCGCUCUGUUCAGCUUCUCUCCCCCUGCUGGUUUCCUCUUCAGCUGCUGAGUCUCUUCCAACCUGUCUGAGCCCUUUCACCUCCCUCAGUUCAGCUUCUCUCCCCCUGCUGGUUCCCUCUUCAGCUGCUGAGUCUCUUCCAACCUGUCUGAGUCCUUUCACCUCCCUUCCUUCCGAUGGCAGUUCCCUGACAAAACUGAUCCCCUGGUUUUGUUUUAAGGUUUAUUACACAACACACAAUUUCAGAAUUGCUGUAUCAGGAAUUCUUAUAAGCUUCAAAGAAGUGGGGGGAGGGGGCACCUUUAUUCACUCCUCAGCCCCACACAGGUGCGAUAUAUUCUCAUUGCUUUUAUGAGAUUGAGUCAGCUGACAAGGAAUGAGGAUAAAAUAGCUCUCUUUUCUUCUAUUUAAGAGAAGUAGCAAUGUAUCUUUUAUUGAUUAUGUUUUUAUAGAAAUGGUCCCUUGGAAUAUAGAAAGCAUCCUUCAUGCUGUUUCCAGUUCUGUUGGCAAAAAUAAUAAUAUUGGCAUCUGAGUUUGAAAGUCCUGAAACUGAUCAUUGUGUAGAAUCCCCCUGUGCUCUCUCUCUCACACACAUACACACUUCCACAAUAUAGCUUUAUUGUCUAAUGCCCCUGACUAAGCUGGUGUGCACAGAGCAAUAUAUUUUGUUAAUCAAGGGUAACAGUCACUCCAGCGUUUGGGCUCUAAAGGUAUAGGGCAUGGGAGACCCAGGUUGAAACCUCCACUUAGCCAUCAAGCUCACUGGAGUCACUACCUCAGCCUAACCUACCUCACAGGGUUUUUGUGAGGAAGACGAAUGGGGGGGGGGGGAGAAAACCAUCUAUACAAUUUUCAGGUCACAUAUAAAUAAACACGAAUGUUAUAUGUUAUCUAUGCAAAUAUACUGCAUACAACAGACCAUGUGGCAUUUCCCUUAUUUACCAAACUGAUUCACUGUUAUAUAGUGUGGCAGAUCCCCUAAAGAGAUGUGUUGUAGGAGCCAAAAUGGUGGACAGGCUUAUAAAAUACUUGCAGAAUUAUACCUUGUUUGUACAGCGCCUCUUUGCACUCUUCUGGUUACAUGGUAAACCAAUGGGACAGGAAAACAGAGAGAGCAGAGCAGUAGUUCCUUUCUGUGAAUGCCAUCAUUUUACAUGAGGCUGGUUUAUUUGCGAAGAAAAGAAUUGUUAUUUAGAGAAGGGUAACAUUAACCUGUAUCAUCAUUAUUAAAUCAUGUAAAAUGGCCCAGUUUCUUCCAUUCUUGAAACAGGUACCUGAGUUUCCCUAUCAUGCACACCCACAACCCUCUGAUAGCUUCAAUUUUUUUUUACUUUUUUAUUUUUAAGACAUGAGGAACAAGCAACAGAGCAAUGACAAGGGCUGGCCUGCAGCCUUUAUAUCCUGUGUUGAUUGUUCUCUGUUCUGGGUUAUCCUUUGGAGCUCAUGGGCUAAGAUGGGGAACCUGUGGCCCACCAGGACUCCAACUCUCAUCAGUCCCAGCCAGCAUGACCAAUGGUCAGGGAUGAAGGGAAUUAAAAUCCAGCAACAUCUGGAAGGCAUCAGGUUCCCCGUCCCUCACAUAAGCUUUUAAACAAUGUCAGCACCACCUAUAUGUAGAAAACGCAAGACUUCCUCUUGGGUUGAACCCAUGAACAGAACCCAGCAGGAAGUCUGGAAGCUGCUCAUGGAAAGACCAUCCUUGGGGAAAGCUGUAAAGUUACAUGGAGUGCCAAUGCUAAUGUAAUUACCCCAUGAGUAUGUGCCUACCGCAGGAUCCAUUCAAAAAGUUACCCUCGCAAGUAAUGAACAUUAUGCCAGAAUCAUCCCUCUGUGUCACACAAAGGAGGAAAUGCACUCCCAGAAUAGGAAAUGUAAUGAUGAGCUAUAGCUGCCUUCGCAGGAAUUAUGAGGAGCAAUUUGAAUUCAAGUGCCUUUUCCGCCGGUUACAAAUCACUGCAGAGUGUUAUUCACCAUAAUGCUGUCCAAACAUCAUUUUAUUUAUUGAUGUUUAUUGCUUCUCUUUUGCAGAGUGAUGAGGUUUUGACUGUCAUCAAAGCAAAAGCACAAUGGCCUGCCUGGCAACCGCUAAACAUGUAAGUAGGCAGGGAAUUAAACCUCCCAAAAGAUUUCCUUCUCCGCUGUCCUCUGACAGAAUGCUCUGAAUGUCUUGCCUUCCACCAAAGUUUAUCUCUUUCAAAGAGCAACAGAAAAAAUCCAGUUGAUUAAUGAGUUUCUUUUUUUAUACCAUUAUGUCUCUUUCCAUUUAUCUCUCUAACAAGGGUGUGUGUUUGUGUGUGUGUGUGUGUGUGUGUGUUUGAAGGAGGUGAGUACUAGAUUAGGAGUUUGUUUUACUUACCAGGCACUAUAGACAUAUAUUUGAAUCCUCUUGUGCUCUCCCUGUUCUGAGCAGUGAGGAUAUAGCUGCACUAUAGACUAAAACGCCAGUCAUAUGCAUGCUUACUUUGAAGCAAGUCCAAAUGAGUUCAGUGGAACAUGUUCCCAUAUAGAUGUGUAGAGAAUUGCAGCCAUAAAAUAGGUUAACAAAGGCAGCCUUUGUCUAUUUUAAAGCAAAAAACCAAAAACAAAGGCAGCCUUGGGAAAUCCAAAUCUGUGAAGAUUUUGGAAUCUUCAACAGGAAAUUACUAGUUUCCUUAAAAUUCCCAUGGGGGGGGGUCCAAGUUAAUUUGUGACAUAACAGAUUGUGUUUAAAUGCAAGCUUGUGUUUUAGAAUGUGACCGAUUCUGGAGGAAUAAUAAUAAUAGACUCUGACAUCAUCACAAAAAGUGAUAGAGCAACAAAUAUCCACCAAUUGCCCCAUCAGCUCUCCACAUCAAAGAUUCCCCUGGCUCUUUUAAUUCUGUGCCUACUUCAGAACCAUUGGAUCUAACUCUCUGAAGCUUCCUUGGGUGGUUGAGUGAGUGGAGAACUAUUUUUUCGGAUAUGGAAGAAAACUUUGGUCAAUUCAAACAUGAACACAGCUUUAAUUAAUGAACAUAUGAAAUAGUCAUACUGUGCCUUAGUGUGCAACCCUCUCUUCUUUUUUCCCCAGUCUUCAUUUCCUGAAAAAGCCACCUCCUUUUGAAAUAUCAAACACACUUUCCAGAGUAUAACCCUAGAAAGGACACUACAGGGUUAGGCCCCAUACUUACAUGACCGGCACAUUUCCUAAUGUACUAAUCUUCUAGCACAUUUUCAUCUCCUUCCUUCGUCAUGAAAUAUGUUGCUUUAUUCCACAGUCUUCCUCUAGUCUCAUGAGAUAUGUUUGGCUGUGUCUUUCAUUCAGUUUUCUUUUCCAAACUGGCACAUUUCUAAUGCUUUUUCAUCAGCGCACACAACGAUCCAAGGCUUAUGCUUGAUUUGGUCAGCUGUGGGGCAUGUGUACUUUGGCAUUCAUGCUCCCAAGGCUUUUGCCUAAACUGUACAGCAUUCCCCCCCCCCCACACACACACACCUUAAAUUGUUCUGUGGGCCAGUGGAAAAUUGCCUUUUCUAAGCUUGUCAUUCCAAUGUUUUUCUAAAACAGCAUUUUUAAAAAUAAUUAUAAUAAUGGAAAAUCCAAUCACAACCCUUCUGGUCUUAUUUACUAGGAUGUUUUAGCAGUGAAUAAUUUUAAAAGAAUGCAUCUCUAACCUUUUACUCACACACCUAUUUAAACAUUUCCUAAGCGUAUUAGCUCAUUCUUAUGCUUUUGACACCCUUGUUGUUUAUAGAAUUACUUACUUCAAUUGCCAUGUAAUUACAUUUCCUAUCAGUGCAAACAAUGUCCAACAAGAAAUGAUCCAAAUUUUAGUCAUUUAAAAUUUUAUACCAAGUUUUACUCACUACAGUCAGGACAUAUCUACAUAUUGCUCAUUUUGGGAAUUGGAUGCCCUCAGAAAGCAGAUCUUAUCUCUGACAGUCCUCACACACAGAGGGCCUUCAGAACCGCAACUGCAAAUCCACAGGGGCUCAACCUGCUUUGAGUACAACCAGCUUUCUGUUUUGGCAAAAUGUAGAUGCCCAUCUCAUGACAGUAGUACCCUGUAGUACCCAAGUGGCUAUAUGUUGUGUUCUAGUCCUCCCCCUUGUUUAUGUCUAGAUUAGUUAAUCCCUUUCAAAAUGUCUGCUCAGGACUAAAUUUCCGAAUGUGGUUGUUAAGAAUGGGAAAGGGAAAGGUUGCUGGAGGAGAAUUUCAAAGGCUGUGCAAAAUGUGCAUGCUCUAAUCCUUCUUAAAUCUACAAAACUCUGGGUUAUCUUUCUAUAUGUACCCAUUGGCCCUGAUCCAGACAUUUACACAAGAAUAGCAAGCUGCUGUAGUUUUGGGUAAACACAGCUUAGUGCACAAGGUUGACUUAGGAGAUUCCAUAUAAGGCAAGGCAUGGAGUUACUAGGGUUGUUUAAAGUACCUCCAAUUUGGUUCAGGGCCCAAUUUGGUGAUCUUGAUCAGGUCUCAAUCUGACCAGAACUAAACCAAAAACUCUUGCCUGCAUUGACUCCUCCCCCUCCCUCCAAUGCAUGUUUAUGUCAUGGAAUUCUACUCAAAAUUGAUCCAGAGCAGAUUCCAGCGUAUAGUUAGCAGAGUAAAAACUUAAACACAUUGCAGGAUUCCCAAAAAAUAGGCCAGAGGCAAUUAAUAUUUCAUCCAGCAGAACUUUACUGCUACUGAAGGCAAAUGAGCAUAAUGGUUACAAAUCCAAUACAUUCAGGAUUGGCACUGUCCAUAAGAAAUCCAGUUGCAGCAGACUUAACUUAAACUUACAAUAACUUAUAAUAAGUCUAAACCUAACACUAAGAAUACUAUGUACAGAAUAUCACACCAGAAGGAAAAUAGAUUGAAAGGGAAACCCAGGCUCCUUCUGGCCUCUUAUUAUAGUCGGCAUGACCUUGAAGAAGAGAUAACAGAACCAGUUUAAGCCAGUUGUACUCAGCUUCUCUGAAGGAAUAACCCAGACAUCAUGAACCUUCUGCUUGUUUCUUUCACACAGAGAAGCUUCCAGAACCCUCUUGAAUUAAUUACAAUAGGAAAGAUCUCUACACAUCAGAACAAUACUUUCUUCACUAAGAAAUGAAACUGACAGUUAAAUCCAGGUCUAAACUUGUGGUUGGCAGCAAGGAGAAGGUGGAAGAAGGAGACUUCAGAGACUGGCAGAGACUUUCACCAGCAUUGUCUUCUCCUCCCCUUCUCUCCUUGCCUCUUGACCACAUCCCUUUUUGACAGCCACAGAGCUCUCUAUUUUUAUUUUUUUAAAUGAUAUUUAUUAAGAAUUUUUAAAUUACAGAAAAAACAAAGAAAAAAAGAAGGGAAAAACAAGGGAAAAACAAACAGCAAUCAAACAAUACAAAUCGAUAAAAAUCAAAGUCAAAAAGCAAAAGCAAAACUCAUAACACAUAAAAAUCAAAAAACAAAAAUAAACCACAAAAAUUUAAAAACAGAUCCAAUAUUCCCAAAUCCUUAACUGUCAUUACCUUAUUUCAUCGACCUCCUCACACCUCCCUUUUUUGUAUUCUAGUUAUUAAUUAUCACAGCAAAUCCUUUCCAUUUUUCAUAAUAUUCUGUCAUUAAAUUACCUUAAUCUAUUUUAACCUUAUCUUACUAUAAAAACCCUAAAACUUAAAACUUAAAUCUUAUUUAUACCAAUUUCUCAUAACCAUAGCAUAUUCUUACAUAGUUCUUUGUAACAUUUCUGCUAAAGCCAAAUAAUUUCGUUCCAACAUUUUUCUAAUACUCAUUAAUUUUACAAAACAAUCCUAAAUAAUUUUUUAAAAAACUUUCUUCCAGUCUUCAUCCAACGUCUCUUCCUCCUGGUCCCGGGUUUUGUCAGUCCUUUCUAUCCCAUCCAUCUAGUUCAUUAACCUGGUAAUCUUAUGUCCGAAGCCCUUAAGUCUCUUCCAUGUCCCUUCCGCAGAUCUUCUUCAUAUUUAUACCUGUACUUUACUUUGUCUCCUGCUCCUUUCACUCGUGGAAACUCCAACUUGACAGUAUUUUUGUCCCUUCUCGACAGAUCAGCCCCUUUUCCAUAGUCCACACUGAACUCCAUGUGGUAUUUAAAAGCAUGUUUCAAGGUCCCUCCAGAGUUGAGGACCCCACAACCCCAAACUCCUCACGGCCCAUUGCCAGACUUGAAAAGUCAAAACAUCCCUGCAUAGGGGGGUCUAUCCAGCCCCCCAUCUCCAAGCCAAACAAAACUCUAUCUCUCCAAAUCUGGCUUUUUCCAAGUUCCUUUGUCAGAUCCAACAACUCAUGUUCCUGCUGGGCCACAGCUCCCUCCAUCUCUGCCACCCGAGGUCCAGCAACAACCUCCUCCCUCAUCUGAUCUGUCAGAGCACACUCCUGAGUUGAUUCCUCGGUGGGUUCUAUAUAGAUACUCACUACCUGUCCAAAAUUUCUAAUCGCAACAGUCAUCAAAUCUGUCUUCUCAUGUAACUGUUCCAAUAAAGCACUUGUCUUGCAGAAAGCACACACCAGAGCCUCUGAGUACAUUGUUAUGCAAGGUCAGAAGUCUGUUCCCACGAUCUUAAUCUAUUGCAGCUGCGAAGCUCCCCAGUUCAAAUUUAAUAACAGUUUCACAAGCUCCCUCUAGGGGAAGAACUUCUAUUUGUAUCCAUCUCUUUUUUUUUUAUAAAGCAGAUCAAAGAUUAAAGCAGAACAAAGUUUCCUUUUUCAGAUAUUUUGUCAAUAUUUGUUCCUUUAAAAUGUGAAAGAGAACAAUGGAAUCACUAUGUUUCUCUUCUUUUAACUGUCUGUCAAAAACGUUUGUCUAUAGUCAAUGAACUUCCCAAAAACGUCUGUCCUGACACCCCGCUCCCAGGUUCAAGACGGUGGAAAAUUACUUUUCUUUACACUCUCUUCUGCAGGUUUAAACAAUCCGGAAAAAAAACCCCCUCUUCUCCUGCUUCCGAAGAGGAUUCAGUAAUUUUAGAUGAUGAAAGUUGAUCCUUUACAGACGAUUUUCUAAACUCUAGUUUGCCAUGUCUUUGCUUUAAUCUAUCUACAAGAAACGAAAGGCUGACUUCCUGUUUAGACCUUCCUGCUUCAGUGCCAAAUUAAGAGGAAUUUCUUAAUCCAAUUUUCCGUUCUACUCACAGGUCGUUGUUUAAAGUCCAAUUGUCCAAAUUUAAUCUGCUCACGGGUAGUUGUUUUUGUAGCCAAAUUGUCGCAGGAAAAAGGUAGCGCUCUCCGGCAACGGCUGUGCGGCUUCACUCCACGGAAGAAGCAGUUGACUCUCAGCACCGCACCACUUGCCCCUCUUCGCUCUGGAGCCCGUAAUUGGGUUCCUUUACGAUUUGGGGGGGCGCGAAAGGUGCCCGCCGAGUCCCAUAGUCACAGGCUUCAUCCGGCUGUGAUUUUUUAAAGGGUCCCCGCUUCGCCGUAGCGGAACAGACCCGUUUUCCGUAGAGCCAGUCCCUCCGGAUCAGAGGGAAUCCGCCAUUACCGAUGGCGCCACCCCGGAAGUCGUUCUAUUAUUCAGCCACAGAGCUCUCUAGACAGACCCAACCAAGAAUGAUCCAGGGCUGCCUUGACCUAGUCUGGACAAAUCCCAGAUCUACUCAGAUCAGUUGGAAUGCAGGAUUUGUCUUGACCAGAUGUGCAGACCUAUUCAUUAACCUAUUUCCAUGUGUGGUCUUAUUUCCCCACUCCUGUACAAUAGGCUUUUACACACAUGUCUCAGGAGAUCCACCUGCUUGUAGAAAUCUCAUUUAUGUGCCCAGGCACCACAUCACCCACCACCCCAUCUUGUAAAAUAACCAGUCAAAACUCAUUACAAGAAACAAAUCAGGCCACAACUUUCAUUGAUUACAGAUGGAAGAGGUUUAGCAUACGCAUUGGGUAUAACCAUUGACUUGCCAGAAGUAAUCCAUUUUAGGGUCAACCUGGAAGCGGGGGAGGCCUAUGACAUACAUCAAAUAGGUCAGAGGCAGGCUGUCUUAUAUUCCCCAGGAGUGGACCCAAGUGAAGCCCACAGGCUCUGUUCGGCGUCUCCCCCACAGGCCAGCCCCAUAGCCUGUCCACAGUUGGCCAAUUUGCAGGCAGGCUUGCAUCCACAGCCCUGGAUCGUGGUGGGCAAGGCGAUGACAGCUCGCAAUGUCACCACACCAAAGAUGGUAAGUGGACAUCUGCAAACUUUGCUAGGAAAAAUUGUAUUUCAACAUAUGCAGCUGUGCUUCCAGCUGUCUAAAGAACAGGGAACUUUACCAACGAUUAUAAUUUCUGCACUCAACUUUUCCAUUUUGCCUUAGAUGAUUUAGCAAUGAUUAAAAUGUUGCCUCUGGAUAAAGUAAAAUUAGUCCAUUAUUAUGCAUAACAUGACAAACUAGUUGUGGCAAUAUGCGUUGCUAAUUUUCCACUGACUAAUAUGUAUGGAUAAUGUUCUUAAGAGUAAUCACUAAGCCUGCACCAGGAAACAGAUUUGCCAAAGCAUGGUUUUGCACAAUAUAUAACUAUGUCAAAAUGGAUCACUAUACAUUCAGCAAGAUAUUACUGCUUGGGAAUUAGGCUGGAUUGUGAUGCAUAAAAUAUUUUCACUCGCUGUUUGUAGUCUCCAGUGAUCAUAAAGUUACACUACAGUUGUCAAAAGAAAUUGCUGCCCUAAUAGUUUUUAAGAUAUCACUGCUCAGAAUAAGGAAACAUUUUCUCAUGUGAUGAAAUAUGACUAAUAAUUGUUCCAGUAGUUAUCAUUGAAGUGUCAGUGUUUGCCUGAAGUUAAACUUGUCACUGGUGUAUGGAAAACUGUGAAUGCAUUGCUGGAUUUUUUUUAUACGUUGCUUAAAGAUUAAGCAUCAUCUGUUGUUAUACAUAUGUCAUCAUUCUGAAAAGGUUAUUACGCUUGUCACUCCUAACAUUUUUUAAAAAUAAUAAUAAUGCAGCAGUGGUGUAAAUCUGUUUUUAACUAAUCUGACAUAUGGGAACAAAUAUGGCUGAUUAACCCAUUUUUAUUUUGCACAAAUUGAACUGAACUGAAUGACAAAAAGCACAAAAUCCUGAUGAUCACAUACAGCAGAGCCAUCUACUGUUGCUAUAUAUCAUAAACAGAAAGAGGUUGCUAUCCAGAGGGUCUUCAACAUUGAAAAAGAAAAGUUGCAUUUCUCUGUUCAAAGAUUGCAAGCCUUGCACAAAGAAUUGUCCAGUCUGAGAAGUAGUGUCUCUUAUUUAAACUCUUUUGGCUUCCUUUGACACUCCAGUCAUUUCAUCCGAGGAGAAACUUUCAAGUUUGCUUAAGGCAAAAACUCUGGAUGACCUAGGGUUGUAACUUGUGAAGAACACCAUGGGAAAUUUAACUAGUUUUACUGAAACUUUCUUUGGCAUCCCUAAGAACUCAUUGGACAUUUUGCCUGAGGGGGGGGAAUCAAAUCCACUUCUGAUUUCAUGUUAGGUGAAAUUUCUGUGAGAUGUAUAGGAGGACAAUUAACUGUGCAAAACAGCUGCAGUUUGCAAAACAAAGUAUGUCUAAGUUGAAUUAACUCUGGAAUAGGGCUUUGCCAAUCAGAGGACACAUCAUUAUUUGUCUUACUUAUACGCCAGUGCCUUAUAACUGAAAAUUUAUGAGCCUGCUUCACUAUGUAAGCAACUUCUCUAUGUUAUGGACAUAGGUCGUUACUAUAACAUAGUCAAACUGUGACAGGUAUAAAUGAGUAAAAAUGGUAGGCAUGGUUCUCAUGUAACUUUUUGAUGUGGUAAAGUCACCAUGAGGUGAUGUAACUAUGUAGAAUUCACAAGCUGAAUCUUUUAUUUUAAUACAGCCUUAAAUAGUGUGAGAGAAAUGCUGUUUGCAAUGUUUUCAAAGUCUAGUGUAGAGUAGAUUUUUCUCAGUUUGGAAAUAAUAGUUUUUCACUAUAUGAGAAUGUUCUGUGCUCUACAAUAGGGCCCCCAGAUUUUGUUGGACUACAGCUUAGCCAACGGUGAGGGAUGGUGGGACCCAAGGUGAAGAGCGCUUCUCUCAUUUAUUCACAAUCACUAAAGAUGCAUGUGGUACAAUCACAUCAGGUUACCUUACUAUGUCAAGAGGUAAUGUGGGUCUUAGACUGAAUGUCCGAUUGCUUCACCUAAUGCUUUGCUUGAACAAGAAUGCCGGUGUUCAUCAUCAUCAUAAUGUGGAAGCAUGCCACCCAUUGAGACAUGUCUCUACUUACCAAGUAACUGAUGUAGCAGUUUACCUUAGCAAAAAAACUACGGGCCAUUAUAGGGAAAAUGGGAGGGGGAGCCAAUGGCAUGGAAGAACUCGCAUCCAUUAUAGAGAGCUCUUAGGAACUGACUUAUAGUGCAGUAAAUGAGUAUGAAAUCCAUAAGGCACAGAAAUAUGGUCUGCACUUUUCUUAUUUGCACAGCUGCAUACAGCCUGUCUUUGGGGCCUUUAUACUUGGAUAAAAGGGUUAUCAUUUGAUUGGUUACACCUUUGAUGCAACAUCAUGUUCUUGGCUACAGAAUUGUAUAUAUAUAUAUGGUCAAUCUGGAAUCUUUUUGAAAACCUGUGACCAAAGAUAAGCAAGGGGUAUCCUUCUAAAAGAUAACCCUCAGCUGUCUCAAAAGAUAAGUAUGCCCUGAGAGCAUCUUAACAGAUGGUCACUAAUAUGUGCCGAUGUAGGGAGGUCUGCUUGUUCUUUAUUCAGAAGGCAACUAUUCUGAAUGGCACUCUGCUUUAAGACUUGCAGUUCUGUUGCUAUAACCUUAGAUACCGGAGAAAUUAUCACGACUGAACAAUGUAUAAAAAGAGGAGACUUGCUGAACAGCUAUAUACUUAUGGUAGACAAUACACAUGGUGGGCAUUCAACAUACCAAAUAAGUUAGAAACCCUGUGAUUUAGCUUGGGUAUCUGAAUAUGCCAUCAGUCCCACGUGGCUCCCCAUCUCAAUAUAAUCUUCCAGAAGCAUUACUUGGUUGUCUCCUCCAUCAGUGCACACAUUGUUUGUCCACCGAAACCAGGAUUCUAAUUAAUUUUGAUGGAAUUGAUGGCCACAUUUUCAUGGGGUGCAAGAAUUGAUUCUCUCAAAUGAAAUUAGUUGGAGCAUGUGAGGUAUAUGUUCAGGGCACAGAUUGGCAGGCAUUCAGCUAAACCUUCAAUUGUAGUUUAGAAAUUCUUUGAGCCAUUCAGAUAAAUAAGAGUGAAUUGAUACAUUUCAUAUUUUAUCUAUACAGCAUUGUCGCUUCCAAUAACAAAGGAUUUUUUCCCUUCCAUGUUGAUAGACAAGAUACUUCCCAUGUUAGAAUUAGUAAUGCCAAUGGAGGGAGGACUCUAACAUAGGCAAAAUUGCAUGGGUGCAGCCUCAUCCUAUAGAGGGGGGGCAAUUUUGGGGGCAAGUAUUUAUUAUUAUUAUUAUUAUUAUUAAUUACUUAUACCCCACCCAUCUGGGCGGGUCCCAGCAGAAUAUUAAAAACACAAUAAAACAUCAAACAUAAAAAACUUCCCUAAACAGGGCUGCCUUCAGAUGUUUUCUAAAACUCAGAAAGUUGUUUAUUUCCUUGGCAUUGGAUGGGAGGGCAUUCCACAGGGUGGGCGCCACCACCAAGAAGGCUCUGUGCCUGGUUCCCUGUAACUUCACUUCCUGCAAGGAGGGAACUGCCAGAAGGCCCUCUGCACUGGACCUCAGUGUCUGGGCUGAAUGAUGGAGGUGGAGACGCUCCUUCAGGUAUACUGGUCCGAGGCCGUUUUGGGCUUUAAACACUUUGAAUUGUGCUCGGAAACGUACUGGGAGUAACAUGAAAGUACCAUUAAUUUUGCAAACAUAGCAUCAAUCAAGUCAAGUUUUGUAGUGUACUCCAUAAAGCAAUCUAUUUCCUUCUGAAAAAGUUAGAGGAAAACUAUAGUCAUUUCAUUGAUGAACGUAUUUAUUUUGCUUAAUAGUCAUUUAAAGGAUUUAAAAACAAACAAACCACAAUUUUGCUUUUAAGCUGACCAUACUGUUCUUCUGUUGUGUGAACAAUGAAAAGAACUGAGAGCAGGAUUACUUUGCAUUUCUGAACAAUAUAGUGUUUGGAAUGGUUACAUGUCUCACAGCGUUGAUGUUUAAUCUGUCAUUUAAGUGAGGGACACCUGAAUGCACGUGAAUAUUUUUAAAGACCGAAUGGAGCAGUGGUUGAAUUUUUCUUUACUGUUUCAGAAACAACACUUGCAGAACAUCUGAGCCAAAGUGGCAGGCGGCGUUAUUCAACUUUGCUGCUGUCCUUCAGAAAAACUCUGAGUGAAAUAAAUUGACACCUCAAUUCCCUGCCCUGUUCACUGUUGUUAAUAACAGUGAUGACCCUAGCCUGUAGCAGCUGUUUUCAUAUUCCAGGCUAUACAACCCACCUAUGGCCAUUCCUAAGGGACUCCCACAGGGAAGCAGCCAGGCUUAAUAACAGAACAGCUUGACAGCCAUAGCACAAAAAUGAAGAGCACUUUGAAAAGUGUCCUUAAUUAAUCAACACAUGUCCAGCUGAGGUAAUUAACAAUACCCUCCGUGUUGUUCCUGUUACAUCUCACACUUAGGCUCAGCGUGAAGCUUUAUUUGCCAAGUGUAAUUUUUGUUGAGAUUGUAACUCUCCAGAAACCUGGGGCAUACAUAGUUUCCAAAUGAAGCUACAAAUCCAUCCAGGGCAACUCGUAACACCUAAAACCACUUGGUCAGGAGGGACCAAGGCCAUUGCGAUGCAAGAGCUUCUUCCAGGUGAUCUCAUGCCAUGCCACACCAGUAACAGUGGCCACAGGGGGGCAGUGAAGCUUCCAAAUGGUCAAUACUUUUCAGACACAAAAUUCAAUCAUGUACAGUCAUACCUUGGAUCCCAAAUGCCUUGCAAGUUGAACGUUUUGGCUCCCAAACACCACAAACCCGGAAGUGAGUGUUCCAAUUUGCGAACGUUCUUUGGAACCCAAAGGUCCAACGUGACUUCUGUGGCUUCCGAUUGGCUGCAAGAGCUUCCUGCAGCCAUUCAGAAGCCACCCCUUGGUUUCUGAACGUUUUGGAAGUCGAAUUGAUUUUUUCUAUUAUUUUGGUCACAGACCAGUUCCAGCCCACAUACAAUAUCAAGGAAGUCAUAAAACACGAUAGGGAUACAUUUUAAUUUGCGAUUAGGUAUAACAGGGACAAUACAGAUAUAGCAACAGUUAAAAAUAUAUAAAUUAAAACUUAGUCACUAACAUAUAACCUAAAAUUAUCAUUUAAGGCCUUAAUCAUUUUAAUAGCACAGCUUGAUCCCUAAGUUUUAUGGCAAUCACACAGAAUUUGGCUACCCUUAUCGUGAUCUCAGGAACCUUGUCCUCUACCAGGGAUUUUAGACAUUGAAGUUUGGAUUCAUUUGGAGAUUUUUGCAUAGCAGGGGUAAUAAAUACCGAGCGUAUAUCCCCGUAGAAACAGCAGCAUAACAAAGCAUGAGAGACAGUUUCUACCUCCAUCAAGCCGCAGGGGCAGACUCGUUCCGUGUAUGGUUUACCCUCAAAUCUGCCCUGCAAUAUGGCAGGUGUCAUCAUGAAACGGAUUUCCAGAACAGAUUCCGUUCGGCUUCCGAGAUACCACUGUACUGGAAAAUUUAGGCUGAACAAUAAAGUGGAUUUGGUGCUUUUGUGCGACAACAUGCUGAUGAUGAUUAUGAUGAUGAUGAUGAUGAUAGCAACAAAACAUGUCUGUCCCAAAUAGGUCUCUACAGCCAAGCAGGCACUUUACCCUCCAAUGGUUUGACUUCACCCACAAAGGUGCAUUCCUCCACUGUCUCCUGAGACAGAUGGGUGCCAACCAAUACUUUUUCUAGUACGGAAAGGGAUGGAGAAACACACUGGAAAGUGUGGGAUAAUAAUGGCUUAGCAUGGCAUUGUAUAACCUCUCCACAAAUGAAUCCUCAUUACACAACAGGCAUUGUUUAUUGUCCCCACAAACUUCAUGGCAAGCAAAUCAAGAUAAAUCCUCAGUAAACAGGUCAUCUGGAAGCAACCAAGAUGAUUGAUGUGGCUAUGUCCCAGAUCAGUGUCACCAGUGCUUAGGAGAGGAUUACUACUCCCCCCCCCCCACACAUACACAUACACACACCUUCAUUUCCAUUUGACUUUCACCGAAUGUUGGCUAAGAUAUGUUUGAUAAGACCAACAACGCUUUUAAUUACAUUAGCAAAGCUGGUGAUCAUUUCGCAAGUUUACUUUUGUGAUGCGUUUUAAAAAUGUUAGAAUUUAUAAUGGAAUCAAGGCCCACUCGAAGGAAUGUUUCCUGACACAAGCUAAAGAUGGCAUUUGAAUUUCAGCUUUGUUGUCUAUGUGAGCAAAUUCUGGUGUAGUUUCCAAUGUGUACAGAUGAUAAAAUGGGGGAUUGCAAUUAUAUUGCCUCUGGGCAUCUUGCGGGAGUCCUCUAGUUGCUGUUGCCAAUCAGUUUAACACACUGUGGGCACUCUGUAUAAAAGUACUGUUGCCACCAGCUGUGGGACCCAUGUGACAAGGGUGUUCUGUGAUGAAUAGUCCUAUAAAUCUGAAGAUAUCGUAUUGAAGCCCAUUGUAGUGCUAUGUUGUUUUACUGGGAUUGUAUUGUUUUAAUUAUUUAAUUUCUUAAUGUUUUAAUGGGACUGCUUUAUUGUGUACUUAUUGGUAUUUCUAUUUUAAUGUCUCUGUGGCAGGUUUUUAUACUUCUCUAUAAAAGUAUAACACUUGGAAGCCUAUUCUGACUUUAAGUGAUAUAUAAACUAAAACAAAAACUCUUAUAAAACAUGGUGCCAUCUUUUUCUGAAUGUAUUUGAAGCGUUUCCUGCUUACAGAGCAUCCUUAUUUGGAUUUUCAGUUCAUUGCAUUUCAGAGUCUCAAGGUAGAAAACAAUGUAUUGUUGAAUGGCAACUAAAUUUAAAAACAUCAUAAAUAGAAGAUCCCUUCAAAAGUUGGACUUCUCAUUUGACAUUUACUGACUUGACAUUUACUGUCAAGAUGACAUUGUUUGUUUGUUUGUUUGUUUGUUUGUUUUUAUUAUUAUUAUUAUUAUUAUCAUCAUCAUCAUUAUUAUUACCACCCAUGUUGCAGCAUAAGAAAAAAGAGAGCUCUAAAUUGCAAGAAACAUACACCCUAAAGUCUGACAUACCCUCCAAUAUUUCUCCAAUGAAAAUAGGGACAUGCUAUUUCAACAUCACCAUCACCAUUUUAUUAUUUAUACCCCACUCAUCUGACUGGGUUGCCCAGCCACUCUGGGUGGCUUCCAACAUAUAUCAAACAUAAUAAAACAUUGAACAUUAAAAAUUUCCCUAUAAGGGCUGCCUUCAGAUGUCUUCUAAAGGUUCUAUAGUUAUUUAUCUCCAAGGCUUGGGGUGGUGGUGGCAUAACUCCAUACCCUCCAACAUUCCUCCGAUGAAAAUAGGGAUGUCCUAAGGAAAAGUGGGAUAUUACAGGAUGAAAUAAGAAACUGGGACGACUUCUGUAAAUCAGGGCAUGUCCCUGGAAAAUAGGGACACUUGGAGUGUGUGGUCUGAGUGAAUGACAGAACAGAAGGAAAAGGUGAGAGAUGCAGGUGUAAAAAGCAAUGAAAUGUGAGCAAGUACAGCUGCAACUACCAUUGUCUUUGAAGAUGAGGAUUGGAAGGUUAGGCAAGGGUUUCAUGGAGAAGGGAUGCUUUGAGGUUUUAAAAUAGUCACCUGAAUAAGAGGGUCUUGUACUUCUUCAGGAGUAUACAGUACUCUGACUCUGGCUUAGCAGGAUCUCUGGGGUAGGGAGAGCUCCAGAAACAGGGGAGCGAGGAUGAAGAAGGCUUCUUUCCAUGUCUCUGUGGUGUGAACUUGCCACAGAAAGGUCAUUGCCAAGCUAUGUUGUCCCUUGAUGGUUGCAGUAAGAGGUGGCCUCUCUUACUAUUUCUGCUCCCUGCCCACUUGUGGGUAUCUGCGGGGUGUUUUCAGCAUCUUUUCCUACUUAAAGCACAAGUGUUGGCAAAGAUGUUGCUCUUCUUGGCUGCUUUCCCACUCACUUCUCUUCUCUGGAGGCAACUCCAGCGGCUACAGCGAGAGUGGGAGACGGCGUGCAGAUGGAUGGGCCAGGAGUCUUCAAAGAGGUUCUGCCAGCUGCUUUUUAUCAGCUCUCUUGCAGCAGAAAGAAUUCCCCAUCGUGUAGUUGGAGAAUUAUCCUCUUUCUCUAAACCGUUGGCCCUUUUCCCACCCACCCACCUUGUGUGAUCCAUGCCGCUUCUUCCUAUGGCCCACACAAGUAAAGAGAAGGGGAGGUUUCUUCUGCAGAACUGCUCCCGGUGACCAAGCUGACAACUUGGUUUUUGUGCUCCCUGAUCCCAGUAAAUAAAAUAAACACCAGGAAAGCACCUCAAUACUGCAAGCCAAGUCAGGCAUGCACUUGCUCAGUGAAUCUGAGCACAUUAGGUACUGCUCUGUAGCCGUCUGAAUAGUCUUUGUUGUUGUUGUUAUAAAAUAGAUGCUUAGGCAUAAAUGCAGUUUGAUCAACAUCAAAAGAAACAUUGUGGACCAUGCCCCCUUCUCUUUCUUUCUCUUUCUCUAUUUGAAUGAUGUUCUGCUGUAAAUUAUAUGAAGAAAGCUGGCAUUUUUGUGCAGCAGGACCUGUGGGGAAAAUAGAAUUAACAGGAAAGUAAAUGAGCCGUUUCUGAGUAAAGGGACUGCCUCUCAGUGAAUCCCCUGUGCUGUUCUGCAGGCGACUCUGAAUGUUAUUGGUCCAGAAAUAACAUUGCCACCUCUUGUAAUUUUAACACACAGUUUGCCAUGGCUAAUGCUGUGAUUCUUAACUCCCAAGUUGCUGGAGUUUAUAAUAACUUCCAGGGUUUACUGGCUUCAUUAAAUAGUUUAAAGGGUGUAUUUGUAACUUGCAACAGUUAUAAAAGGAAAACAGGACCCAAGCUAGCUCUGGGGACUGAGGUUAUAUAAAGAGAGGUCAUAAGAAUCAAACUGUUAACAUAGCUUUCAAUUGCCACAUGAUAGCAAAGCCAGUCUCACUGUAGGGAAAGAAAGGGUACUUGAGUCCUGAUAUUUUGAUGCUCCACUGAUAUUUUGUGCAGUCCUGAAAAUAUUGAUUAAUACUUCCAAGGCAAUGAUACUCUGUGACUUGAGCUUUGAGUAGGAGAGGAGCAGCUGAACUGUGGUCCUGCAGAUGUUGCUGAUCUACAACUCCCAUUAUCCCUGGUCGUUGACCAUAAUAGGUAGGAAUUAUGGGAAUUGUAGUUCAUCAAUAUCUGAAGAGUUGCAGGUUAACCACCCCUAAUAUAAAACAAACCUAGACAGCAUCUUAAAAAGCAGAGACAUCACCUUGCCGACAAAGGCCCAUAUAGUUAAAGCUAUGGUUUUCCCAGUAGUGAUGUAUGGAAGUGAGAGCUGAACCAUAAAGAAGGCUGAUCACUGAAGAAUUGAUGCUUUUGAAUUAUGGUGCUGGAGGAGAGUCUUGAGAGUCCCAAGGACUGCAAGAAGAUCAAACGUAUCCAUUCUUAAGGAAAUCAGCCCUGAGUGCUCACUGGAAGGACAGAUCCUGAAGCUGAGGCGCCAAUACUUUGGCCACCUCAGGAGAAGAGAAGACUCCCUGGAAAACACCCUGGUGUUGGGAAAGAUGGAGGGCACAAGGAGAAGGGGGCGACAGAGGACAAGAUGGUUGGACAGUGUUCUCAAAGCUACCAGCAUGAGUCUGACCAAACUCCCGGAGGCAGUGGAAGACAGGAGUGCCUGGUGUGCUCUGGGCCAUGGGGUCACGAAGAGUCGGACAUGACUAAAUGAAUAAACAACAACAACAAUAUAAAACAGUGGACAGAGGUGAUCAGUGGACAAUGUUGGAUGCUAUAUUGACUUCAGAAAAGAAGAUGAACUAUUUUGGGGGUUUUAUGUUGUUGGGCUUAUUUUCUGAGCAAAUCCAACAUGAGAAGUGAGCCCUGUGACAAUGAAUGUAAUGAACUCAAGUUUAAAAUGCAAGGUGCAAGCUUUUGAGUCUCCCUAUUCUCUUCAUGCUCACAGGAUAAACAGAAAGCCCUCAAUGUUUAUCUGUUUUCUCCAUGCCUGUAGAAUGUAAGAUGAGUUGGGGCAGACAUUAAAUGAGAUUACCAUUAGGCCAUGCAGUUAAGUGUUCAAGUUACUCAAAGUCCCCACCAGGGACAGAGCAGUAAAUGAAAAGCUUGGGAACACAUACCGGUAAGUAUCCAGAUAAUUCACUGACAACCUUAAAUUCUACUGUGUUUGCUGACUGCGAUUCUCUACUAGAUCUAUACUAAACCUGCAUUAAUCAGCACUGACAAAGGAAGAUUCAAAUCAAUGAGCUUCACAGUUUUGAUAAAUGAAAGGAUUUAGAUAAAUAUUAAUGAAAUCCCCAAUGCAUCAACCCCAGGGAUCUAGCAACAAGUCUAAGUCAGUAUUGUCAAUUAGUUUUCCAAGAACAUCCUUAUUAACAAUGCAUCAAGACAUUUUCUAGUAAUGCAUCGAGUUCCCAAUGCAUACAAAGUUGAAUUAACACAAGGGUAUCUAAGCUGUUUAAUUUUAUAAGAAAAAUAACCUCUAUUUUCACCUGUUUGCAUUGUAAUUUUUUAUUUCUCCAAAUUAAAAUAUCAGGAACAGGAGGAUAUUUGUUAGCAUCCUCCUCUUAAGAUAUAAAAAGUCAUGCUUGUUUUUUCUAAACUGUAACCCUAGUAGGGCAUAAAGUGGGCAGUUUUAUGUUUAGACUUAGAUGCUCUGUUAAUUGGACUGCUCAGCUCACCUUUUCUAUUACAACAUGGGGAUUAGGGAUGUCUUGGUGUUCAGUCAUCAAUAUUUUGCACUUCACAGUACCAGUUUCUGAAAAUGUAAAUCAUGACUGAACAAAUUGGCAUUGGAAUUGUUGUUUUGCUCAAUUAAUCAUGUCCUUCAUCUAUCCAGCUGAGAACUACAAUUAGGGAAAAUAUGUAUUUUGAACACACAAACUUCAAAGAGUAUGCUCUGAAUGUGGCGAAUAACUAGAGUUUUGAAUUGUAAGAUGCAGACUUAUUCUGAACUCUAAUUAAUACUUAUGUCCUCAUUUUAAUUUUUAUUUGUUAUCUCCUUCAAAAUAGAAAUGAAACCUGGUAUAUUAUAGUCCGUUAAUGAAGUAUCCACUAUAUAUCAUUAGCAUUUUAUUAUACUAAUUUCUUUUUAAAAGCUUUCCCUUUCAUAAUUUGAAAAUGAAAUCAUGCGUGCAUAAUUUCACCUAUGGUCAACAGGCAUCACCCAAAAGUUACAUAAUAAUGCAACAAAACUCUCCCCCAGAGAGCUGCCACUGGCCUUGUUGACCAGAAAUAUCUUUUAGCCUCUCCACUAUUAAGAAACCCAGUGCUAUUUUUCUAGAAAAAGAGAUGCCAGAACUCACCAGGAACACUUCCCUUGUUCUCUUAUAAUGACAAUGGCACCCACCUGAGAGGUGCUGGAACUGAGUUCUGCCAAGUCCCAGCUGGAAAAAAGCCCCAAAGAAACCCACUGUUCACAUCUGCUUCACCUAGGUCAGCUGGAUUUUCCACAUGAAGAGAGGAGGGGAGCUGCCACCACAAGGCCCUUUAUUAUGUAGCAUUACUUCUGAGUAAUGCUCAGCCAGCGACGCAAAGUCAGUUGUACAUGAAUUCAAAUGGUGACCACACGCUUGAGGUGGUAGAGAAUUUUGUCUACCUGAGUUUCACCAUAACCUGCAAUCUCUCCAUCAGUGCCGAGCUAGAUAAGUUUAUUGGCAAGGCAGCUAUGGUGAUGGCUCACCUCUCCAAAAGAGUAUGGGGGAAUGUGGUGCUAACAACGAAUACCAAGAUGAAGGUCUACCAAGCUUGUGUGUUGAACAUGCUGCUUUGCGUGUUCAGACCCAGAGAGCUCCCCCCUAAAUAAACACACAUUUGACUCAAAUUUUAGUUUUGGUUUUUGGCAGAAUUUAGGCCACAACUUUACUGAUUACAGAAAAGUGAGUGGUGGCAUAGGCUCUGGUUCGACUAGCUCCCUGCAUCCUUGCAGGUAGUGCUGACCCAGGGCACCAGCAUAGGUCAGCCAAGGGUGAACUCCUGAGGUAGGUGAAAAGCCCAGGAACAGACUCUGUUCACUCCCCAGAUGCUCCCCUGGACUCAGGCACGGGCACAACCCCCUCUCGGGGAUUGACCAAACCAAGUUGAGUCCCUGGAUUCCUUUAACGGAAUACCCUUCACAUAGGGAUGGCGAAACCAUUCUCCCAUCCCUAUCACCUGAACCAGUGCCUAUCUGCAACCUUACAAGUUGUGACGAUUUGCUACGUGGCAGAUGAAAACCCAAAUGGCAUGAGCCAAUCAGCCAAAUGGGGAAAAUUCCUGCCGUGCCCCUGUCCCAACGACAGACGACACACGACGGCAUAGCAAGCUCAAACACAAAAUGCCCUAAAAGUAGGGAGAGGUGGGCGGGUGUUCCAAUGCACAAGCUGAAAGAGGAAGCUCUGGGCCAUGUGCAUAGGUCUUCCUCUUUUAGGGAGGACACGAUUUAUGGAAGUGAGUCGUGGGCAACCGACAAUCAUCAGGAGCGGUGCCUCAACACCUUCCAUAUGUGUUGAACUCGGAGGAUUUUGGGCAUCACAUGGUAGGACAAUAUUCCAAACAAAGAUGUGCUCUCCCAAGCCCACAUUCCCAGCAUGUUCGAAUUCCUGUCUCAUCGACAUCUAUGCUGGUUAGUCAUGUCACAAAAUGAAGUUGGCAGGAUCUCAGAGCUGUUUUGGAGCUGGCUUCAGACACAAGGCCAGUUGCCAGACCAACUCUGCAUUACGAAGAUUUCUGCAAAUGUGGCAUGAAGGCUGGAGACAUCAGUCCUGCCAUGUGGGAAUCCCUUGCAGAUGACCCCAGUGCCUGGAGACAGACAGUCAAAUCAUGAAUCCACAGCAAUGACCAGAGGAGAAUUGACAGCUGGGAGGAGCGCAGAGAGGAGAAAUGUCACGGUGCAUCUGCAGCAGCCAACUGGAUGACUUCCUCUGCCCCAGCUGCAACAAAACAUGUCUCUCCCGCAUUGGUCUCCACAGCCACAGCAAGCAUUGCAACCGUCCAACAGCUUGACCUCACCCCCAAAGGCACACUCCUACAUUGUCUCCCAAGACAGAUGGAUAGCAACAACUUCAUUGUAGGCAGCAACAACAGCCAAGCACUCUGAUCAGUACUUUGGGGAGCUGAGGGUGCCCCUUGCUCCACCACACACCACAAUUCAUGAAGCCUGCAGGGCUGCCCAACAGCCUCCUGCAGUCCAGGCACAAGGAAGGAAAAAAUAUCAAGGAAGUGGAGCAAUCUGUAGCAAUGGGAUGGGGAAGAGACAAUGCCUGGCAUUGGGCAGUGGCAGGGACCUGACACUGGGCUGCAUUGGAAAAGGACAAUACCAUUGUAUCUUGGAAGUCGAACAGCCUAGUUCUCGAACGUCUUGGCUCCCGAACAAUCGAAACCUGGAAGUGAGUGUUUUUGAACGUUCUUUUGGAAGCUGAACGUCCGGCGGGGCUUCUGCGGCUUCCGGUUGGCUGCAGGAGCUUCCUGAGGCCAAUCGGAAGCUGCGCUUUGGUUUUCGAAUGUUUUGGAAGUCAAACGGACUUCCGGAAUGGCUUCCGUUCGGCUUCCAAGGUACGACUGUAUAUAGGACAAAAUGUGUUUAUAAAAGCCAUUUCUUAAAUGCCAUGGUCAUGACUCAGAUGCCCCCACCCCAACCCAAGGCUGCUACUUGCUUUUUAAAACCCCCCAAACCAAGCAAUGCCUUAUAGAGCACAUACUAGAAGAAGAAGAAGAGUUUGGAUUUGAUAUCCCACUUUAUCACUACCCGAAGAAGUCUCAAAGCGCCUAACAUUCUCCUGGUGAGAGCCAGUGUGGUGUAGUGGUUAAGAGGGUAGACUCAUAAUCUGGUGAACCGGGUUCGGGUCUCCGCUCCUCCACAUGAAUCUGCUGGGUGACCUUGGGCCAGUCACACUUCUCUGAAGUCUCUCAGCCUCACUCACCUCACAGAGUGUUUCUUGUGGGGGAGAAAGGGAAAAGGAGAUUGUUAGCUGCUUUGAGACUCCUUCGGGUAGUGAUAAAGAGGGAUAUCAAAUCCAAACUCUUCUCCUUCUCCUUCUCCUUCUUCUCCUUCUUCUCCUUCUUCUCCUUCUCCUUUCCCUUCCAGAUUACGAGUCUACCGCUCUUAACCACUACACCACACUGGCUCUCUAGUUUUAGGUGAUCAUGUUAAAAGAAGAAAAGCUUUUAGUGCUGGGCUUGUUGCUGGCUACUAGCUAGCAUGGCCCUACCUCCACAGUCGGAGGCAGCCUUGCUUCUGAAUACCACUUGCUGGAAGCCACAGGAGGGGAGAGAGCUCUUGUGCUUAGAUUCUGUUCACAGGUUUUCUACAAGCAUCUGGUUGGCCACUGUGAGAAGAGGAUGCUGGACUAGAUGGGCCAUUGGCCUGAUCAGCAGGUUCUUCUUAGGUUCAUGUUCAAGGAGUUGAUUUUGCUGCUGGGCUUCUGCUGUAUUCGUUGUACCUGUUGUGUUACAUUUUGGUUGCGCUGGCUUCGAGCAGAGUUUUAUUAUGUUUUGAAAUGUUUAACUUUUUUUUGCUGAUAGUAUUAUGGUUUUCAUAAUUAUUGCACACUGUUUUGGAUGCCACUGCUGUGCAAGAGAACGUAGUAUUUUGUUUAGGUUUUCUAAAAAAGAAAUUAACGCAAUAAAAAUCCAUCCUUUUUAUCUAUGCUCCUUCCCCCUCCAAGUUUUACUAUGGAUACUGUAGUUCUUUGUUAAGAGCCCAGUGCUGUCAAACUAGUCUGAAUGCACUAACAUUUUGCAAAAAAAAGUGCAUGGCAUGGCAGUAAAGAAAUAUUUUCUCAAUUUGGGAAUUAUAGAAAAGAAAGAAGACAGUCCCUUGUCUCUAUGGCAACAGGCUAGUGUGCCUAGCUCAGCUGUUUUUCUCCUUUUAAAAAUCAUUUUAUAACCAGUGUAUGUGUGGCAUGGAAGCAUCUCUUUAAUGUUGUCAAGAAUAGAAGAGUGUGAAGCAGUGAUACAUAAUGAAAAACACACCUAAAGAAUUAAAAGGGAGAGAAAGGAAAAGUUAUGUACUAUAACUUGCGACUACAAAAGCCAACUUUGUGAGCCCUGUGUUUUACUAAAAAGGUGGUUGUUGAAUGUUAUGGUUCCCUACUUAAGCUAGGUAUGAACGGAUUUCCCCAGCUCCAUUUCAUUAUUCUUUGGCAGGUUGGCUCUCUUCAUUUUGCUCUGUCUGUCUUCCAGCUUUAAUUAAUUUCAGAACUGGCACAUAAGCAGUUUGCCUCCAUUUGUUCAUGUUAAUUGAUUGUUGCAUUAGAGUGCCAUCUCGGCUUGUAGUAUUGAGGUUGGAUGGACAAGCUGAGGACGACUCUGACUGUGUCCACCUGGGCUUUUGAUAUAGCAUUAUCCAGCACAGGCUCAGGGGUUGAGGAGGAGGAAGUGCCCCAUGGAAAGUUGGCUUAGCCAGGAGAACUGGAUAGAGGGACACUUCUAAACAAACCAAGAACGAAUCUGGAGUGAGACAAACCAUGAGCCAGGGUAAAGAUGACAAGCUAAAACAAACCAUACAUUAGCUCAGAAAAGCAUAGCAGCAUCAGGCCGGGAAAAGGAGCCAUCAGCCACAAUAGGAGCAUACAUGCUUGCAUUCAUGCUAAUAUCUGGUUUGUCUUAGCAUUAUGUACCAACUGUGUUGGGGGUUUAUGAGGUUUUAUAUUAUAUAUCUCCAUCUGGCCCCAAGUGAUGGGCAGGUUAGAAAUAUGAUAUCUCCUGGAGAGGAGACUUGCUCAUUCAGGGUACUUAAUGUUGUAAUUGGGUCAUUGGCCACAUUCAUACAUGUAAGAAAAACUUAUUGGAUUCCCACUAGAAAAGGUAAAUCUGGAUUAAAUGUGGGGAAACAAUCGGUUGGCAUUUAAAUGCCAAUUAUGUGUGGAAGUUAUUGUUUUAAGAACCAUGAAUAAUGUUCAGAAAUUAAAUUCAUGGGCAGCAGUAUGAAUCUGUUUUGUUCUUUAUUUGUUCAGAUGGUACAUCCGUCAACAGUAGAAUAAUAAAAAGGAGAUUCCAUCACAAAAGAUUAAGGAAGAUUGUGUUACAUGCCAAGGGAAAGGGAGGAAAUCAUAUCUGUUAUAAGUUUCCACAACAAAGAAGUUGGCUUCAUGUGAUUAAAUUUCUAUUUAAAAUGCAAUGUCAAUAAAGAGGAAAAAUGAUCACAAUUACAUACUGAAGGCUAUAUUAGAUUUCUCACUUGAAUGUUUAACUCCCAGCCAUGCCAACAUCCUGCACCAUAUGAACUUGAUUCAAUUGACUAUUGAAAGCAAUGGCCAGCUGAUUGUAAAACAAAGUUUUAAUUGUACCAACCUGUCUUUAUUUUCUUUCCUCCUCUGUCACAUUUAUGGCUGCAGUUUCGAGGUUGUUUUCAGACCAUCUGCUGCCCAUCCUUUGGCCAAAACAUCCUUCAGUCUGGUUCCUACUAAUGUGUGCACUUUCUCCAUCUGAUUUCUUUAGAAAUCUGUUUGCGAUUCUGUCAGCACUUAUGUAAAUGCUUGUAAAGCAAGUAGUGCAAAAUGUAAUGGAACUUGCUAAGAUUUAAAUUAGUUUCCUGUUCUACAUCCAGCUCUCAGUCAGGUAAAAACCCAGGCAUGUUAGAAGUUCCGAAAGGCUUUGAAAAAGUACUUGAUGCUGAAAGAGGUGAGGUGUUUUAAGUCUUAAUAAAGGCGCCAUGAUGUCUGACAUCUUUUGAGAUUACACAGGGAGUGAAAAUACAAUUGCAGGCUUGUCGCUGCUUAUAAAAUAGAUUGUCCUUCAGAUGGAAGGAUGCUAUAUUGUUCUGGCAAAAGCUUCAGGGCUGGCUUCUGCUAUCUCUUACUUUUCAGAUAUUAUAGACAGUUGUACAGCUCUAAAGAAAAUAAAGUUAGGGCUCUUCUCAACCAGGCACACUGUUUAAGUGUUUUUAUUUAGGAAAUUGAGAUGUGUGGGCUGGUUCACCUCAGGGGCGGAGCUACCUGCCCUAGUACCGGGAGCAGUGUGGGGGCAGGGCUAGCCAGCCCUUAGGGGUGGGGCUAGCCGCCCGCACGGGGGAGGGACCGCUAGGGCAGCAUUGUCCCUAGUGGCCCGCUGCCCGCGCAGCGAGUGUCUGGGGGCUCCACCCACGCAGCGAGCGUGGGGUGAGGUUGGCGGUAGAGCGGUGAUGUCACCCACCCUCAUGGCUGACACCCGGUGUGAACCGCACCCCCCACACCCACCUUUCUCCGCCAGUGGUUCACCUGUACCAGUAUUUUCAUAAUCCCAUUGACAGCAUGGUCCACCUUGCUCUCGGUCUCUUUUUGUUGGUUGAGCUGACUAUGAUCAAGUGUCAACAUGUAGUGUAAAAUUGUGUGGGACCCCUUUCUGCUACUGCUGUCUUAAAUGACUUCUUGAGCUCCCUCUCUUAAUAUGCUUUUUGAUAUGUUCCAGUAGCAACAAGAUUUUAGAACACUUAGACUUUGGAUUCAGUUUUGCUUUCUCUUUUUUCCUGUUGAAGGGCGGGGGGAAACUUCUGCCCCUGAGAUUUAGCAAAUAAACUGUUGGGCGGGGGGCAGAGGGGUGGUCACUGUAAAACUUGACAAAUCAAGAUUGCUGUGCAAGAUCUACUUCAGUUCCCAGAACAGCCCUUGUAAUAGCAAUAAAUGAAUAAAUAAAAUCAGCACACUAGUCUAUUAGCACAGAAUGGCUCUUUUGCUUAAUUAGCAUGGCUGCAAUUAGUCAUGCACUUGGCUAAGUAGCAUUCGCUCCAGGUGAGUGAUGGUCCCUCCUGACAACCACUACAACCUUGGAGCACUACUGUGCGAGUACGUAUGCUGUGUGAGUAAAGAGCCUAAGCCGGAAGGAGUGUCACAGUGCUCUGGGAAGUGAAGAUAGCAGCACUUGAGGGCACACCAAGCCCUCUCUGUUCAGCAGACGCCUUUAUGAUAGCACUGGAGUAUACUUUCCCAGGCACCCGGGGGGUAAGAUAAACAGAAAACAGAAGAAACUGCAAACAGUGGAUGGAAGUGGAAUUAGUUGUAAACGCAUGUGUGUGUUAUUAGCUUCAUUGUGAUGCAUGCAAUAGAGUCAAGUAGACAGAUGUCACACUGGGUAUAUUGCCUUCAAAUUUCUCCUGAGUCAAGCUCAGAAAAGAAAGUUGAGGGCUUGUAAAAGACAAUUUCAAAUGAAAACCCACAGCAGCGUUGAAGUGGCAGCAAGGCUGGGAUUUCAGAGGUGCAUUAACAGAGCCAAUCCAACACUAGUGCACCUGCACAGCCCUGAUCAUCUGUCAUCUCCUGCCCCAGACCACCCUUGUAUAUGGCAUCAACACUGCUGUUGGGAGGGCAACGGCGCAACGCUAUUCCACUGUACUUGGGAGAAGCCUACGCAUUCACUCAGGAAGAAAAGAAUCAACACUACAUGUUGUGCCUGAGCACAUCAUGUGAUCCAUAACUUAUGAGCCCUGGCUGCUAAAUGGUGCAAACUUCACCGUGAAUCCAGAGCGCUUAUGAUUACAGCUCACUUUACCUUUGAUGUCUGGAUUACUAUCAGGAAGAUCGUAUGGUCCCUGAGACGUUGGUUUGCCUUGCUAUAUAAAGUGUAUAAAACAAGCCCAGCGAAUGCUUGUGACGUGCACUAUUUUUUGCUUUACCAGUUAGCCUUGAAUGCAGCCUAGGGUGGCCUGCAAAUCCCUCCCACUCAGCGUGAUUGAAAUCUGAAAUGGCAUCCUGGGAUGUCUGGCAGUGUGUUUUCCUUUGUGCAUUAUAAAUUAUGUGGGGGAAUGAAAAGCUCUGUUCAUGCUGGCAGAAGAAUUCCUCCACUUUAACUCUUUCCUUGACCUCUGCCUUACAGCGAGAAAGGAAAGAUGGAAGGAGAAAAAUUAUUUAUUGCUACAGCUCCCAAGUCUUACAUUUCUACUGUUGGAGAGGUGCAGCAGGCCAGGAGAGAGUCACAUGCUAAUAGACUUUUCACAUAUCCCUAGGAUUAGCUCAGGGGAAAUUGCCUGACCUGUCUGUACCUCCAUAAAAUAGAGAGCCUUAGCUAAAAGGCACUAUAUUUUUGUUGACUGAAUGUGAGGUUGGAAGACCUCUAUAUAUAAUACUGGCAUUCAGUAAGAUUACUUUGAGUGCAAAAUAUAAGCCCUUUCUUGUAUUUUGUGGUCAUCACAUUCAAUACUCCUCAUCCCAAACUCCCCAAUUUCAUUCACAUUCUCUGUCAAAUGCAAAGCAAGCAAUUGCUCCCUGUCUGUGUAUCCGCAGUGCUGUCUUACAAAGCUUUGAUUCUACCACAGACUUUUUUAUUUUCCUUCUCCCAGGUUGAGAGGACCCAAAGUCAUCAAUGUGCAGGGAUUUUUUAAAAUAUGAAAUGGAAACAUGGGAGAAAUGCCCACACACAUUCUCAUAGAAGAGCCUGGGGAAGUCCCAUGAGCAUGUGGUUCUAGAUUCCCUCUCUCUGAUAUUUAUAAUUGAUAAAAUUGGUACAGCAAAAAUAUUGUGUUCUAAAUAACCUCACAGGGCUGUGAGAAUUAAAUGAGGGAAGGGGAGAACCAACUCAGUCAGAUGGGUGUGGUAUAAAUAAUAAUAAUAAUAAUAAUAAUAAUUAUUAUUAUUAUUAUUAUUAUUAUUAUUACCACCAUGCAUGCCACCUUGAGCUCCUAGUAGAAAAGGCAUGAUAUAAGUGCAAUAAAUAAACAAACAUUGGAUUUUAUCAAGACUCCAGAAAUUGUGGUCCAUUGACCAACUGUGGUCUGCAAGCUUCAUCCAGGUGGUCCACAGUGUCUCUGUGGAACUGUAGUUGAAGAUGGGAGAAUGAAUACCCAUUAAAGAUUCAUAUUGAUUUUAAUUUCUAUUGCUUCUUUUAUAUUGUAUGUUCUUGUUCAAAUUCUAUGGAAUUCAAAUUAUAGUACAAUAAAAUACAACUUAUUUUUAAAAAAUCAAUAAAACAUACAGCAUAUAGGUCAGCUCAUCACAGUUGCUACAACAGGCAGAAAACAACCAUUUAGUAGUCCACUAAGACACUCAGCUUUUUCCCCAAGUCUUCUGAGCAUGAGGUAUUUGGGGACCACUGUUGUUUUAUUUUGUUCUGUUAAUACUGUGUAUACAAAUUCAGUACACUGAUGAAUACUUGGGAGCCCCUUUGUUGAAAGAUGAAGCUCAUGCUUGGUAUCAGCCUAUUCCCCACCUCUAAAAUAGGGAUAAUAAUCUCACAAAGAAUGAAAUAGAUGCUGUCUUGCUUUGGCAUGAUGGUCAAAGAUGUAUCCCAUCCUUCUUGCAGCACCACUGCUCCAGCAUUAAGGGAAAUGCUUGUGUAAGAGCUCUGUGGGAAAUAAGAGGGGUGGUUAUUAAAGAAGUGGAGUCUGUAGGAAGUCUGUCAAAACAGGCACAUAAUCCCGCUGGCCAAGUAAAAAUGUUCAGUAAGAAUGCUCAGAGUCUGAGCUUCUGUUUAUUUUUUAAUGGCAAGUGAGGUAGAGUUCUGUGACUCAACUUUAGUUGUUUAGCCUAAGAUGCCCUAGGCUUGGCUUCCCUGAGGUAGUUCAGCGUACUCUCUGUUGUGCUAAAGAGCCAGAAUAUUUAAUCAAUGUUAGCAGCAGCCGUAUGUUCAGUCAUCUAUAUAUCUAACCGAUGACACCAUAGCGGUUGGCCAUCUGGCCGAGGGCGUCUUCUUCAGUUCCAAAAUAUUGUAAGAUGAAAUUUUAAACUGUGCAAGUCUCUUCUUGUACAACAGAUAUGGCAUGAGCAUAAGAUCAGGCAACCAAUCUGCUGUAUAGAUGAAAUUAUAAUAUAAUAUAAUAUAAUAAUAUAAUAUAAUAUAAUAUAAUAUAAUAUAAUAUAAUAUAAUAUAAUAUAAUAUAAUAAAUGAAUAUUAAUAUAAUUAAUGUUAGUGGCAUACUGCUACAUAGUUAAAACUCCCUGGGGGAGCCGCAUUUUAUGACGUGCAACUUCCUUUCCUUGAAACAACUUAAAGUGGUUGGUUUCUCUUCUUCUUUUUAUUCAACAAGACACACAUCAGACUGAAAUGUGUAAUUCUGUCCUCGUUUUCCUUCCAUCUGCCACUUUCAGAAUACAUAAUUAAUGGAAGGGUUUUUUAGUGUUAAAACCGUGGCAGCUUGAUUAUUCUUACUGUGAAACAGUACAUUUAAAUUAUAUUACAGGAUGUGAUAAGACCUUGUCUUGAUGAUUUUAUCUUCCAUCUAAAAAUAACAGUGCCAUACUCAUGAAACGUAAUGACAUGGAGUUAGCUGAUGUGAAGUGAGUUAUUGCCUGGUUCUUUAUAUUUCUGGAGAGAAAUGCACAUCCGGUUGUAUUAAUAAAUUGAAUAAUUGAAUAAUUUUUAUCAUUGAAACUGAGACGGAGUCUAUUUUCUCACAUUGUUACGGUGUUAUUACUGGCACCAGCAUAAUGCAGAGAAGUGAUGAGGCCAGCCUUGUAGAAUAAAUUGAUUAUGAUUAGUUGGGAUGAAGUCCAUUACUAUGUUUCCCGGUUCCCUGUGGCAAAUGCCCUUUGCUGUUUCGUGAUGCCAGCCCUGAAUCUGUAUACAGCCAGAUACGCUUUUUAAUGUGGCACAGAUUUCAUGGGAUUGCGAUACAUUAAAAGACCAUGGGAGAGUGGAGGGCAGUGCCCCCAUACCUGCACCUGGGAGGUGGUGUCAUUUUGUCUUUUUGCUUCAGGUGCAAAUAAGAUACCUCUCCCCAUUAAUGUAUUAAUGUAACGUAAAGAACCAGUGUUUGCAUGUCAUGUAUGUUGACUAUACCAUGAAACAGAUUUUGACAUUGCAAGUGUGUCAAAAAUAGUUAUGCUGCUAUUCUUUUAUAUUAUUGAAUUUUAGAAUUGUAUUUUGUUAUUUUUUGUUUGUGAGCUGCCAGGAUAACACUAUUGUUGGAUGUCCUAAAUAAAUGCUAAAAUAAAUAUAAAAUAAAUGCUUUAAAUAAAAAUGAAGGAGCAGGGUAAGGAACUGCCACAUCUCCAGAACUGCUGGCAGAAAUGGCUGCUUAAUAUUGCUUCUUGGCAAAGUAUGGUGCUAGUAAAAAUUCUUGAGGUGUUUGCAAGUCCAAAAUCAGAAAAAGUAAAUAAUAAUAGCACUGCUGGAAACUUGUCUCUAUUAGUGAUUUUUCUUUAAUAGGAAGAAACAUGUAUAGAUGAUGAUGACAAUGAUGAUGAUGAUGAUUUAGAGGGAGAUGUUUUAAAAGCCUUGAUAAAAGGUUGUGGUGGCGUAGCUGAGAAGGAAAUCCCUUCCAAAUACUCAUCCAGUUGACAUUCCUAGCAUUGUAUUUCCCCCCAAUACUGGACCCAGCCAUUCCCCAUAUAUUUCAGAAGACUAUUCCAGAAAAAGCAACGUGCAAACUGCAGUGCUGUGAAGAUCCUAGUGCAAACACUAUUGAUUUCCGCAGAGUUUGCUCCAUCGCAACAAUUCUAAAAACCAAUCUGUGCAGCCGAAAAUCCCGAACCUGCUACAUCGUUCGAAAAUCUUUGUAUUUAGUUCAAUUGGUACUCUUCCAUCCAUCAAAGUGAAGAGACAUGUUUGUUCACGGGAAGCAACAACUGAACACUAAUGGCUCGAGACAUUAGAAUUAAAGUGGCUGAAACACUUCAAAGAAAAGAGCAAUCUUAUCAUAGCUGCCAGGUGAUGGAUGAGAUGACAUCAGAAGUCUUUUCAUCUGUAGCAGGUAUGGUGACCUAUCCAUCUUGCAAGUCUUGCUGCCCAGUAUUGGUCACAUUUUCUCCUUGGAGGCCUCUAAUGAAGACACAAACAGAAUUUGAACUAAGGCUAUACUAGCAUGCUUGACAGGGACAAAAUCCAAGUUCUGUGAAGUUUUCUUCAAAAAGCUUACAGUAUGUAUUUCUCAAAAAGAGAAAACAUACUUGUUUGCUACAGAGAAGCACGUGGUCAGAAUUUGAUUACCUUCCUUGUUCUUUUUACCAUUUUUGUAAAAAAAAAUUAAGGGUGUAAUCCAAGGUGAAGAACCAUAAGAAAUAGUAUGAGUAUCACUCCAAAUGAUAGAAAUAGAGGCAUGUUGACAAGAUGACACUUGUCACAAGCUGACAGAAAGCUCCAUCAUGGUAGUAGAUGUCAAAUCUGUGAGAUUCUGCUGGUAUAGCAGGGGACAGCAGUGUGUGGCGAGGGCAGAUGUCAAUACUGGGUGCACCAUAGCGAAAGCCUCUUUGUUUCCUCAACUUGCCAGCCAAAAUGGUGUGACUCUGUGCCGGCCCUGAGGCUGGCAACGUUAAUGUGGGAUGGAAGAAGAAAAGGCCACUCCCAUCUCCUGCCCCAAACACAAUGAAAAGACAGGUCAAUGAGAGAGAGAAUGUAAACGUAUAGUAAGAUUUAUCUGUUCAAUUCUCAAUACAAUGUUAAAAAUGGACACAAAGAGUUUUACUAUUUACAAAAUGUUAAAAGAAUUUUGAAAAUUCUUAACUGUCCAGUUAGACCUAUCCGCUGCAGAACAGAAGUAUGUCUGAGUGUAUGGUUUGUCCAUACAUUAGACUGCUAACAUUAGCAUAAAUUAUUCUUUUCUUAAAACUGAUUUUUUAAAUAUUUUUUAAAUAUUUCAAUGAUAUUAUUAUUAUUAUUAUUAUUAUUAUUAUUAUUACUAUUACUAUUACUAUUAUUAUUAUUAAAUACACCACUUAUAUGCCAAAAUCACUUUUAUUAUAUUUUAGGACUAAAUGUCUCUUUUUCAGUGAUGGUGAACUUUAUUAACGAUGGCCUCAAAUUCUACUAUUAAUCUCAAACUGGCCUAUUCAAAAAUGUUGCAUGAAUGCUGAAUGUUUUGUUAUUUCAUUAACUGAAUUACCAUCUAAAUGUGAAUGGCUUAUUGUAAGUUUCUUUAGUGGAGCAGUUAGUUGAAUAAUAUACUCAAUAAAUAUUUUAAGUCAUAUAUAUGACCACUCAAACAUUUGCAUACCUGUUGUCAAAAUCUAUCCUCCCAUUUCUUAACUUUUCUUCCUCUGUGAAAGAGACUUCCAUAUUUCUGCCUCAUUUGAAGGGCACUUGAGAAUUCCUCUAGACUUUUGAACUUACCUAAUCAUUGUGAGAUGGUCAUGGGUAGUGCCUAUGUUGCUGGUUUCCCCUCAGUAAGCAUUUCGCCAGCACUCUGUAACAUCCCUGACUGCCCACACUUUCUGAAAUGAAAAAAACCAUGGGAGGAGUUAUCCCAUACAGUGGUGGACCUACCUUUUCGGGGCCCUGAAGCUUGACCUGUUCUGGCGAUCCCUUCGCAACCAGCUAUGAGGUCUGGGUAACCACUGAUGUCUUCUUCAGUGGGGUUGUUCCAUGACGGAUCACCCUACGUUUCCAACAUCUGUGCUACUGACUCUCAAGCUUCGGGGUUGAUGAAAUAUAUACAACAACAAAAAUAACCAAUCUGUGUCGUGCCUCUCAAAUUGGCUUCCAUAGACCCCAAAUUUUGAAGCAAUCUGGACUAAAGUCACUUCUGGGGCCCUUCCAGAAUUUGGAGCCCUGGAGCUUAAACUUCAUUAGUUCCAUUGUAGAUCUGCCCCGAUUCCAUGCAGAGUGCAGACCAUUAGUGAAAUGUCUGAUAGAAUGAAAGAAAGAACACUCGCAAACAUCCCUCAGCAAGGUUGCAUUGAACAUAGGACUAAGGAGAACACUCUAUUAGCAGAAGUAUUUCUGCUUGCCCAAUGAACCAACCUCCCCUCCUCUCCCCUCUUGUGCCAUUCUGGGGGUUUUCCUGACCCUCCAGAUCAGAUUUGGGCAGAGUAUAGGCAGGGCACGGGAUGCGGGAAGGAAUCACCUCGCCGGCUUUCACUGAUGCAGUAAUUUAGUUGAAUAUGGCCCUAAGGUAGAUGCAAUAAAAAGCUGUAUCCCACAUAUGAACAUUUCACUGAAAUUUCACUCUCCCCUUUAAUAACUUUUGGGAAAUUGUCAGCCCAGCACUGGUUCAUAUCUUAUAAUAUGUAUUGUAUUCAUGGGAGAUUUUGUAAUAAAGUAGAGAUUUAGCUAUGAUAUUUCUUUUUAUUUUCUCGUGGUUUUCUUGGAAUAAAGGAUGCUGGAUUAGGAAAGCCUUUGGUGUGAUCUGUGGGGAUUCUUCUCAGGCUUUGUGGUGAGCAACAGAGUUGCUGCUUUGUUCCAGGUGUCUUUCAAACUUGGAAACAUAUGACAGUUCCUGUGACUCCAACAUCAAUAGGAGAGGUGCUGACAGUGGCGUAGCGUGGGGGGUGCAGGGGGGCCGGCCGCACCGGGCGCAACAUCUGGGGGGGGCGCUCGCACUCGCAGCUCUCUGCCCCUACCUGGCUCACUCACUCUCUCUCACUGCAGUGCUGGCUGUGCGAAUCCGAUCCGAGCCGCUGGGUUGCCGCCCACUGUGGAGGGGGUGGGUGCCAGGCGUGCGGUGCGGAGAGAGAGCGAGGGACUAUCUGGGGAGGGACAGUGCAGCGGCCGCCCAGCGCAGCGCUGGCGGAGAGCACCACACCCGCCCCGCCCAGGCAGCAGCAAGAAGAAGCUGGCAGCGGCGGCAGGUUAGGGGUUAGGGGGCGCAAAUUACUUGCCUUGCCCUGGGUUAGGGGGCGCAAAUUACUUGCCUUGUCCCGGGUGCUGACAACCCACGCUACGCCGCUGGGUGCUGAGGAGGCAACAGAGCUCUACUCCGCUGUGCUCUCUUCAUUUCACUGCUGCCAAGAAUUUCUACCAAGAAAUGAGAAACUGGCCCAGCAUCUUAAGUCAAUGGUGGGCCCUCUGCAAGGCUCUAGGCCUCAGUGGAUGCCCUACCAUGCCAACCCUUGAUGUCUGCCCUACCUGUCUCCAACACCAUAUGGCAGAACACUUGCCACAUGUCGAGAGUUGGCUGCGAAGGGGUAGGAAGACAUCUGAUGGCAUAGCUAUACUCCUUCCUUGAACCCUUUUGGGCCUGGUGGUUCUUGUGAGGCUGGCAAAUCCUGCGUUGGCUUUAGAUAACAGCACAUUUUGCCUGACAGAUAAGGCAGAUGCCAGUUGUCACUGUUAGGUUUGGCAAGAACAGGAUUCUACAGCAGCACAAACCCUGUGGGAUCAGGCACUGCUUAUGUACAUGUUAAUAUGGAGAAAUAGUUGCAAUAGUUUGGUGCCUAGCAAGGAUAGUUCAUCUACUGGAUAGUUGGUCUGCCAAUCACUGAAGACCUUUGGAUGUUGUUACUGAAACAACCUGAUUGAUUCCACAUGUAACAUAUCCUCUACUUAAGGGAAUCCUUGGCAAGACCUCAAGAAUUCGGGUGUGCUGCUUAUCACUAUGAAUGUACUUUGGCAGAAACUUGCACAAUACUUGGCUACAACAUUUACAAGCUAAUGCUAUAAAUCUCACACAGGCCUGAGCAUUAAAAUCUAACUAAUGUGACUUUUGAAAAUGUUGCCAGUCUGAAUGCUUUUGUAAAAUCCCAGCUAAAAUUGCGGUGAGAAUAUAUGUCUUUAGAAAUUACCUGCAGUUUAAACCAACAUUUUGCCGCAAUUAAAAUAAGCCAUCCUUUUGUCUCCUUUGCUAGUGACUUAAAGCACUCAUAAAAGAAUACCUGGAAUGAAAUAAAAGCCAUUUCAUUAAAUAAAUGUGGUUGUUUUGCUGUUGUAAAGGAUAUAGUAUACAAAACAACAGCAUUAUCAAGCAGUUUGCCUUAUCAAUCUUUUAUUGCUAAGUUUCAGGUACAGUAAGGAAUUCUGCUACCUGCCACUGAUCCUAAAAGCACUUUGUAGGAAGUGUUGUGUCAACUUUGGUUUGACUCUUCUCCCGGAAAUGUUUUAUGGCUUACAGCGCAACUCUCUUUCGCUAUACUCUCACUCCAUUUGGCAUGCAAGCUGAUAUCGUCUCAAGCAGCAAUAUUUAGCUGAGCCAUUUCCCUCUUUUUCAUUUGCAGAAGAGCUGCUCCCUCUGCUGAAUUUUCUGUGGACAGAACACGUCAUCUGAUGUCUUUCCUUACCAUGCUAGGCCCCAGUCCUGACUGGAAUGUAGGGCUUUCGGCUGAAGAUCUCUGCACCAAAGACUGCGGAUGGGUCCAGAGAGUAAUUCAAGAUCUGAUACCAUGGGAUGCUGGCACUGACAGUGGUGUUACCUAUGAGGUAUCGUAAAUAUUGAUGCUACUCGCUUAGAACGUGCGCUGUUUAACAGAAUAGAAACAUGCAGGGGCUUGUGAGAGAUGUCUGCUCUAAAGGACAUGGUACAAAUAUCUAAGACAAAUAAAUUAAAUGUGCAUGCUUGCUGUUUCUGGUCAAGUGUUGCAGCACCAGUUAGAAGCAGGGAAAGCUGGAGUGGCAGCUUCUUUUUUCUAUAGAAAGGGUGCCUCUAGAAAAGAUUAAUGCAGGUUGUUAGUCAAUAUGUGUUGCUUUGUCUCCCAUCUGUCAAAAGUGCUAGAUAUCCUUGUGGGAGACUAAUCAAGAAAGUAUCUUGCUGUGGGCAACACCAAUGAGCCCUGAUAUUAGAAUUUCACCUCCAACAUUUCUCCGAUGAAAAUAGGGACGUCCCAUUCCAUAAUGAUAAUUUUGCUAUUUUUACCCCACACAUCUUACUGGGCUGCCCCAGCCACCUGGGGCAGCUUCCAACAUAUAUAAAAACACAAGUAAACAUUAAAAAAACUUCCCUAUACAGCAUUGCCUUCAGAUGGCUCGGGGCUCGAAUAACUCCAUAUCCUCCAACAUUUCUCCAAUGAAAAUAAGGACAUCCGAAGGAAAAGUGGGAUAUUCCGGGGUCAAAUUAGAAACUGGGAUGGCUUCUCUAAAUCAGGGAUAACCCUAGAAAAUAGGGAUACCUGGAAGGUCUGAUACUUUGGUUUCUGUUCAGGAGUAGCAUCCAAGAAAUAGCAAGGGAAGGGAAAAUAAUUUAUUAUCACUUGUGAAAUUUCUGGAGGCUUCCUUUCUGUUUGUUUUGCAUAUCCUACUGGAGGCCUUGCCCACUGCAGUUUGAACAUCCACACCACUUGGCUGCUGAUUAAUAACUGCUACUCUUACUCUUACAUGCAGAAAUAAGUUUUGCAUGGAAAUUGUUUCUAAAAUGGAUUCCUAGACCAGAACUUCAAAUAGUUGUAUAACUCAUGGUAUUGUUCCUGUGAAGUUCUGCCAUUCUAAAAUGUUUAUUACACUUUAUCCUGUCCUUCCUCCACACAGCUCAGGGUGACCUCUGUGGUCUUCCUGUUAACAUCACAGCAGCCCUGAGACAUAGGGUCAGUCCAGUCCACAUAGGUCAAUCCAAGGCUGUUUUGUUCCUAUGAAUUAACUUUGACAGUCAUGGUUUCCCCACAGAAUCCCCUUUCCCAAUGAUUGCUUGCAUCAGCUUCCAUGGGUCCUCCAUCUCUCAGGUGCCUGUCAUGAACCAGAAGGCACUCUGUGUCCUCACACACCAUGCUUUUUCUGGAUUGACCUAACCACCACUUGUACACUGCCGCUAGGAAAUAGUAAUGAUAAGUAUGCAGCUGCUGGUUACAUCCCCUCCAGUGCUGGCUGUGAAUGUACAGUCCUUAUGCCAGAGUAUUUGAGUGUGGGAAAAUUUAAAUGCAGGACUUUAACAGAAGCAGUGUGUUAGUGUAACAUAAGGCAAAGAGUAUCCCCUGAGUAGUGCACGUAUAAUAGCUUCUGUGUAAGUAAAGAAUCAAUACAUUGUAAUUAAACAUUGGGCAGGCUCUUGUGGAGAGAGGGAGAAAGUUGGAUCUCAAAUCAAAACCCUUUUAUGUAAUUUUAUGUGAAGAAUUUCUUAUUCAUUUGAUCAGUCUUGAGAGACUAAACAUCCUAUGUCCUUAUCACUAGAGGAAAAGAUUACUACUUAAUUUGCUUCUUUAAGUGGGAAAUGGACAAUAUACUUUGUCCAUUGGAUGCUUGGAUGCUUCCUGGCAUAUUUAUUAAAUAUCAUUAUUCUUAUCCAGUAUGGGUACAUGCUGGCUCUCUGCUGAGCAUACAAAAGAGUGGAAGCAGAGCAUCUCAUUCUUUACAAUGUAGGGGGAAUCUUCCAUGUGUAAAAAUGCCACAAAAAUUGUCGUACAUAUAUAUUGAUCCUCAAAAAGAUAUUCUGUUUCCUAUACCUUUUCCAGCUACACAAAUUAGAAACCAAGGGUCUUUUUUUUAAUUUCAACACAAAGAAUAUGUUCAAAGAGUAGUAAGGGACUCUAAUAUUCCAGUGACAGAAGCAAGCGAUUUUGAAUGCAGUCUGUUGAGUAUGCACUGAAAAUAAUUUGUUCCAAUUUAUGUAUAUCCUUGCUGAGAUAACUAGUGCCAUGUGCUGUUUUCUACCCAAGGCUCCUCCAGAACAGUGUAGACUUUAUUUCCAUGACUCACCACAGGAACUCUGCUAUCUUACUGUUCUGUCAUUGUAUUGCUCUGUGUGGUCUUAUCAAACUUCCUGCCUACUAUCAUUUUGUGCUGUUUAGCGGAAUUAUUGUUUUUCAAGCAUGCUAUUGCCUUCCCACUGAAUGUUGUUCUUCAAGAUUCCACCCCCCUCUCCUUCCCUGCAUGUUUUUCUCAUUUUAUGGUUUACUAUCCUGCCUCUUUUCCAAGUCCAUUUCCUACCACAGGUCAACAACUCCCAAUUUACUACCCCGGAAUUACACAAGGCAUUGUUUACUUUCUUUUAUGGUCAUUAAUGAAGAUGUCAGCAGAAACCAGAACUAGCACACUUGUGAACUAGCAUAACAGUUUGUCAUUACCCUUUAAAACAGGGUCGAAAAUAAUGAGGACAAACCAAUCUGGAAAUUCAUCAAAAAAUAAAUAAAUACAGUCAUACCUUGGUUCUCAAAUGGAAUCCGUUCCAGAAGUCUGUUCGACUUCCGAAAACCAAGGCUUGGCUGCAGGAACUUCCUGCACUCAAUUGGAAGCCACGGAACCCCCAUCAGAUGUUCAGCUUCCAAAAAACGUUUGCAAACCAGAACACUUACUUCUGGGUUUGCAGGGUUUGGGGGCCAAAACGUUCGAGUCACAAGGCGUUCAAGAACCAAGGUACGACUGUAGAUGCAUUUUUCUAUCUUAACAUAUCUUACUGUAUCAUAUACUAUACAAUUACAUUGAUGCUGGAAGCCUAUUGCUCUCUAACUAAUUGACUUGUUUGUAUUGACUUUUGACACUGAAACAAAGUUAUCAUUACACAAAUCCUUGAGUUGGGUUUGCAGACUGAGUCCUAUGGAUUGGUUGUAUUUGCAGCAGGAGACCACAUCCAGAAAGAUACAUCUGUAUUUGUUAUAAUUCUACUUAACCAAUCUCUGUUAGUUCUGACUGAUGAGCAUUUGCCAGGGUGGGGUUGCAGAAGUGUAAAUCAGGUUGAAUUUGCCUUAAAGAGGUAUGUGUGUUGGGGGAGGGGGAAAGCAACCCUAUUUUAUUUUAUUUUUAAUAAAAUAGAAUGCUUCCGGUAAUCAAUUUCGGCUUCAUAUAGGAUAUAAAUUUUAGAAAUAAGAAGUUGAUACUGAAUCCAUUCUAUUAUUAACAGACCAAGAUGGCUGAAGGCUCUUUUUCUGCUUCAGACUUUUAAACACCCCACAUUCAUUUGCAAUCGUGUGAGACUCUCCUGGCUAGGAAUUGAAGGAUCUGACAAUUUCUAUCUGUUUUUAAUUUUUCCCAUCUUAAAUUUUUGCAACAAUUUCAUAAGAAUAAACCUAUGAAAGUUCUUCAACAUUUUUGUGUGACUUUUUCCUAUUUAACGCAUUUUUGUAUGCAGUUUUCACUACAUAAUGAGCACAUUUUUUGCAAGUGAUUUCUCCCAGUAUAGUGCAUUUGUGUGUGUUACUUUCAGUACUAUAUUCAUUUUUAUGCACUUUUGCCCCUAAUAUAUGCAUUCCUGUGACAUUGUUUGGUAGAAGAACGGCAUCACAAAAUUCAGAAAAGGGUGGCUUUUGAAGGAGGGUUGUGUUUCCAUUCUCAUAUUGUUAUGGAAAUUCGGGUGUUCCCCCACCUCACCCUACCCCACCCCACAACCUUAAUAUGGAAAGUGGGAAUUAAAUGGGAACUGAAUCAAAUUUCUUCCCCUUCCCUACUUCAAAUACAGACUUCAAGUCUGGCAUCACUUUCCGGAAUGCCCAUGUAUGUGGCCACAUGACACAAUGGGCAUUCUAUGAAGUGCUGUCAGGAUGGAAGCCUUUGCGAAAAGAGUUCUGCACUCCUCCAAGUGUAAGCGGCGGUCUCUGAGGUAUUACCUAGUAAGUUAAGAGCAACCAUUCUGCCCCACAAAAUUUCACAAAAAUUAUCCCAUUCUCCAUGAAAGAGGCCAGGGUUGGGAAACCUCUUCUGUAAGGAGCAAAGGGUUUCAUGAGAAUAAUAGGUGCAGUUCGGCACAGUUUUAGUCUAGAGCUGGUUAUUGCCUAUAUAAUGCUGAAAUACAGUCCUGAUAAUCUUCUGUUGUUCUUUUUGAUUCCACGAUGUAAAUCAGUCCACUUGCUUAUCCAUCCAGUUUCUUAAAAUAAAAUCCAGCUGCAUAUUGCUUGUCUUCUGACAAUUCUGUGGAAUGUGGUGGGGUUUUUUAAAACUGACUGCCGAACUAAUAAAAACAGUAAAAAUUAUCUGUCGUAGAAAUAAAAAAGCCCGCUGCAGGUUCCUAGUGGAUGAGUCAGAGCUGAUCGUGGCAGCAAAGCCUUUAGCCAGAUAUUUCUCACAGUUUCCUAGACAAAGCAAAGGGUCCCUGUUCUUUAUGUUCUUCUGCCACCUGCCUGCAUGCUACAGUGAUGCUGCAAAAGAGGCUUUUAAGAAAGCUUGCAAUGCCAAACGUCUGGUGUUAUAGAAUGAGCAGAAGCUAACUGAUAAAAGCCAAUUUAUAGUAUAUAUUCAGGUGGAUCUUUUCUCCCCUUUGUGCUUUAAAGUUGUGGUGUUUUUUUGUUUUUUUUAAUGGCUAUGGUUUUAAAGCAGGGGUGGGAAAUCGUGGCCCACAGGCCUUAUGAGGCACACACAGCUUCUCUGUUCAGUUUUCUGCCCCUGUUCUCAAGCCUCACUCCCAUUAGCUUUGCCUCCAUGGUACCAUUUCCUGUAGCCGUUACCUUCCCCCCACCCACCCAGCCUCGCCAACGCUGGAAACUGGAGCAUGGCAAAAAAUAAGGAGGGCUGUGAGACACCCAAAAGGGAAGAAUUGCACUGGAAUUUCUUCAAACAGCAAGGCUUCUUUUAAAGACAAUUCUAAUGCUAUUAUACAGGGGGAUCUGGGAUGGUUCUUUUUUUGAGGGGAAGGAAUGGAGAAUGAAUAGAUGAAUACUGUAUGUGUCUGCAUGUUUACAGGUGUGUGUGUGUGUGUGUGUGUGUGUGUUAGCAUGAAUGAGGUGUGUAUGUGGCUUUGGCCCCACCUACUUCUGGUUUGGCCACUCCUGGCACAGAGCCUUGAGAAAGUUUCCAAGGGUAUGUGGCUCUUUUGCCAACAAAAAUGUUUCCGUGGACUACCUGCACAUUUCAUCCACUUCUGUUGAAAGGGUGGGGGAUAUACAGUGGUACCUCAGGUUACAUAUGCUUCAGGUUACAUACGCUUCAGGUUACAGACUCUGCUAACCCAGAAAUAGUACCUCGGGUUAAGAACUUUGCUUCAGGAUGAGAACAGAAAUCAUGCUCCGGCGGCGCGGUGGCAGCGGGAGGCCCCAUUAGCUAAAGUGGUGCUUCAGGUUAAGAACAGUUUCAGGUUAAAAAUGGACCUCCAGAACAAAUUAAGUACUUAACCCGAGGUACCAAACAAAUCUGGGUGGGAGAGAGGUUAAACCUGGGUGGGAGAGAGGUUGUUGAGUAUCUGAUAUAUGAGUGGUGGGUUGCACUCAGCUUGAGCUGUACUAAAAGACUAGCAAGAAUCUGUUUGCUGUGGAUCAGAAUUUAAUAGAUGCACAUGCAAACAAGUAACAACUAGGUUUGGAUUGACAGACUCCUCCCCAAAUCUGGAUGCCAUAUGGACAAAAAGUCCAAGCUAUUCAAGAAUCCAAUUUAGUUUAGUUGGUUAUCAUUUUUACAGGAGUUUGUAUGGGUGUCCUGCUCUAAUGAGUGUGCCUUGAAAUAAAAAGUAGGGACUAGGUUUCUGCCUAAUAUUAUAUUUAUUCAUCCAUUAACAUACAGUUGAAAUACCUUCUCUAUUGUCAUUUCAGUAGAGUUGUGUUUAUUUAUGAUGGUGUAUUUAAAACUUUAGGACAUCCAUACUAAGUUUUCAUUGCUGACUUUUCCAGGAGCCACAAAGGAAGGGCAAAAGUCUCAAGAGGAAUAGGUGGGAGAACUGAAAUUGGGAUGGCAAAUGAAAGCUCUUGCCAUUCUGUUUGAACUUUGCCUUUUAUGUCAAAGUGUAAGGUAGAACAAGCAAGCAAGAUUUUUUUUUAUUUUUUAUUUUAAGUACAGUGCAAGAACUUGCUUUAGUCUGUAGAUCAGUCAACCCGAAGUCAUUGUGUAGACUGGAAAUGAUUUAUGAGUACUGGCAGACAGAGUUCAUGGACACACGCUAGGAGUCAACACAACGUUUUCUGCGAUAUUCAAUUUUUAUAUUAAAUAUUUACCUUCCUGAAUAUGUAUGAGAGGAGUUAAUGAGAAAUGUGCAAGUGUAGACAAAGUUAGGAUUUGAAUAGACUGCCCUGUUUAUUUUCUGGCUAUAUUGAUUUUUAUUUUUAGUAAGGUGCUAGGGUAGCACAACCUUUUGUGCAGUUGAUGUCUUGAAAUAGUUGAGUGCAGCAAUAUUUGUUAGGGAAUACGAAUAUCAAAUAUGUAUUUAUGCUCAAAUUUUGAAGUGUGUUUUGAUUUUUACAGAAAUGUGGAAAAGGAAGAAGGGAGAUGGGUUGUAGAAGUCAACCAUGUUUUCUACUUGAAUUUGUAGGUUUUAUAAAACAAUGCCUAUUACAAUUCUGGUGGUUUUUCUGUUUUAAUUUUUUUGUUCUGGUAUUGCUGCUGUCAAAUUAGUUCAUAUUGUAAUUUGAUUUGAUUCCAUAUUUUUAUAGAGUAUUUGCUGUGAGUGGCUCUUACUUUGGGGCUGAAGACACAAAAAAUAUAAAUUAAUGUGCUCCCAGUUUGUCUUCAUUUUAGCUUCAGGCUGUUGUUUUUAAUUUAUUAAUUGUCUUUUAUACAGUCUUCAAGAGACAAUGUACAAGAAAAACUGCCAGAAAACCCAGUUUUUAAGAAACAGCAAGUGCAUUUUAAAAAAAGAAACCUAAAACCAUAAAAAAUAGACAGUCAUGACAAAUAUAUACUCAUGAUAAAGAGUUCAGAAUCUGAGGUCAGUUGUAAUGGAAGUAGUGGACAACUGAAAACUUUUCAGAGUACUUCUUGAUUCUAGUGCUAUAAUAUUUUGUGUUGAGUGUCCACUAUUCACUGUGACACUUUUUAUCACGGGUUUCUUCUAUAUCUAUAUCUUUCUGCUGCAGUCACCCAACAAACCAACAGUACCUCAAGAGAAGAUAAGGCCUCUCACCAGCCUCGACCACCCCCAGAGUCCCUUUUAUGACCCAGAAGGAGGAUCCAUUAAGUCAGUAGCCAGAGUUGUCAUUGAAAGGAUUGCACGGAAGGUACCAGUAUGGCAUUCCUUACAGCAAUACAAAUUGAAUGGGGGGUGGGGAUAAAUCUAAUAAUAAAGCUGGAACAUAGAACUAAUUUGUUCAUUACUAGAUUUUUCAACUGAUGCAUAAGAAGCAUCAAUGAGAAGCUAUGAAUUGAUCGUUCUGUCUAUGUUGGGUCAGUGGAGACAUGAGGGUCCCAAUCUCUUAAUGUUAAGUGACUGAGAGGGAGCUACAAGUUCAUACAGUGCCUCUCCAGAGUACCCAGCUGAGCAAAUUCACUACCUUUCACUUUAAUCACAGUUAAGGGAUGCAUUGGCCCCAAUCAGUUUGCUUGAGAGGAUGACCACUUCUUGCCAAUACAUAUGAGUACAAAUGGAACCCCUCCUAGAGGCUCGUUUUUCAAGGACUCACCAAAGUUUAGCAGCACUGGGUCUGAGGAAACCAGAGAACUGGAUUACUCUUUAUUUCCUAUGCAGAUGAUUUCAGGGUGUGCAUAACUGCUUCCGACUGUGGUUGGUAGUCAACUAACUCACUGAGCUAGCAGAAGCCGGCGCAGGGAUUCCUGCAAACACAAAAUGACUCCCCCCCGCCCCCGCCCUGAACCCUCUCCAAAUCUUCUUCUGAGCGUUUGGAGAACUCUCAGAACAGCAUAGGGAGAUCAUUCCAUCAGGCAAACAGAAAGGCAAGUGCCAGUACAACCCCAUAAUUCCCCACAUGCCCUCCCAGUAACAUCUGGCAUUAUGACUAAUGAGAUCAUCACGUUGGAUGUUUUCCCACGUUGCCAGCAUUUUAAACCACAUUUGCCUUUUACAAAAUUCUCCUUUGCAUCUUAGCUUGCCAUUUCUGACUCGUAUUUGAAAGCUUCUCCAGAGAGAAGUUUCAGCAGCUCUCAUUCUUCAGAAGAGAGGCCUAGGUACCCUUGAGGCUUUAGCUUCCUGGGCUACUUCACAAGACUUACAUUUACAAAAGGACCUCAUGACUUCACUAGGCCUUCACUAGGUUACACUCCAGGGACACAGAUCUUGUUUGUACAUAUUCAGGCAGCUGAUUUUCCAUUCCAGCGCCUGCAACUGCAUGGUUUCCUCCGCCAAUUUAAACACUUGAAAAUGUUUCUUUGCAGGGAGAGCAGUGCAAUAUUGUCCCCGAUAACGUUGAUGACAUUGUUGCAGAUCUUGCCGCAGAAGCUCCGGAAGAUGAAGGUACUUUUUAAUUAUGUUCUAUUUACACAAGUUUGUGUUUUGCUUCAUCCUCCAGUGCUGCUACUCUAUAUUUCACGCCUACUGCAUUAUUAUUAGGACAGUAUUAAAAACAGGAAGGGGGAAAAACAAUUUGCUUACCCAUUUGUGGUUGGAGCCAGCAUCAUUACUUAAUAAACACCCACAGUGAUGGUGUCAGCAGGCAGAAUUUUUUGGAAUUGAAAGCAGCACUAUACUAAUUUAGAAGAAGCCUAAUCCCACUGACUUUAUUAUCCUGCGCUGGGUUGGUCUUCGUCAGGCUCUACUAUUUUCCUCAUCUAACUGCUCUUCUUUAUUAAUGAUUGUGUUUGUCUAUGAGGACAGGCUGCCCUUGUAAGCCUAUAAUAUGUGUAGAAUUCAAAUGAGAGCAGGAAUGAUUCAGCCAUAUGCACUAGUAUCUUAAAUCGAGUAUCGUAGAGAUUACGGAAUUUGUUUUCAAAAGUAAGAAAGGGUGUUAUCUCUUAAAUUCAAAAGUUAAUUGCCUCAUUGUCAUUUGUGCCUUUUUCUACUUUUGUCUAGGAUGCAAGCAAUUUCUGUGAGUUCUUUUCCUUUGAAAACUCAUUAGAAUUGCACAUUUACAAGUCUAUAUUUCAGAAUUGCUUGUAGAGCAGGUUGCCUUUAAAAAAAAAUUAAAUAUCUGAAUGAUUUUGGCCAUCGUCUGACUGUGUGACUUCUCAGUACUGCCCUUUUUAUCUGGUCCAGAAGCUUCAGCUAGUGCAAAAUGCAGUGACCAGACUGCUUGGAGGAGCAGGUUGCUGGCAACAUGUUACUCCAGUGCUGAGAGAAUUGCACUAGUUGCCAAUUUGAUACUAGGCCAGGUAGGACACAGGUGGCACUGUGGUCUAAACCACCGAGCCUCUUGGGCUUGCUGAUUAGAAGGCUGGCAGUUCAAAUCCCCAUGACAGGGUGAGCUCCCAUUGCUCUGUCCCAGCUCCUGCCAACCUAGCAGUUUGAAAGCAUGCCAGUGCAAGUAGAUAAAUAGGUACCACUGCGGUGGGAAGGUAAAUGGCAUUUCCAUGCACUCUGGCUUCCAUCAAGGUGCUCUGUUGCGCCAGAAGCUGUUUAGUCAUGCUGGCCCCAUGACCUGGAAAGCUGUCUUUGGACAAACGCCGGCUCCCUCAGCCUGAAAGUGAGAUGAGCAACACAACCCCAUAGUAACCUUUGACUGGACUUAACAGUCCAGGUGUUCUUUACCUUUACUAGGCCAGGUUCCAGGUUUUAGUGUUAAUCCACGAAGCCCUAAACAACUUGAACCCAAAAUGUCUUAAGGACCAUCUGACCCCUACCUUGAUCACUGAGAUCUUCUGCUGGGGCACUUCUGGUGGUUCCUCACACACUACUGAAGUUCAGUUGGACUUUCCUAUGGUAUUGAGCUUGUAGUGGGGCAGCCCCUGUGCUGCAGAACACCUUGCUGUGUAGAAGGUCCAGCAGGAAUCAUCUCAACCGUUUUUCAGACAGCAUCUGAAAACUGUCUUGUAAAGACUAGCCUUGGAAAUCUGAUUUUCUUUUUCAAUCAACUGAUGUUCCUAAUGAUAUUUUCACUGGUGCUUUUACUGAAUUUAUUAUAAUCUUGCAUACUGCCUUGUCAUACUGCCUUUUCACUUUUGUGAAAGUGUGGAUUAUAAACACUUAAAUGAAGAAAUAAAUGAAGUGAAAUUCCGGCCCUCCCAUCUUCUUUAGACCAUGCUGCAACUGCUGACUUAUCCUGUACUGUUUGGAACAUGGAGCAGCAUAACAGGAAGUAGCUGCUGAAAGGCAGACUAAACAGGAAGAUUUUUCAUUAAAUUCUACUGGAAGAUGUUCUGGCUUAUCCAUUACUGUGGAAUAGCCACUUAAUAUGCCUCUGUAUGCAGUCUUCUAGUUGUCUUCAGAGCUGUGAUCUGACACGCAGAAUAAGUGAGCAACAUGUCACACCAGGCAACUCAAAAAGUGGUAGAAAAGAGCAUGGCUGUCAUUCCAUAUAGAAGGAUGCUUUGUAGAGAUGCACCUCAUUUCUUCCUGCAGAUAGUACCAGCUUCAAUCCCUGGCAUACCCAGUGAAAUAAUAUCACACUAGGAGGCAUGUAGAAGAGUUUUGUUUUUGUUUUUAAAACCCCUUGACCUAUUUGAGCAAGAUAGUUUGAUUGGCUGGCAAUGUUACACUGAAAACGUGUGUGUGGUUGCAUGCAAAAUAAUUUGAGUGGCUAGUCUAAGAUGCUCUGUGAGCACCUGUGUACAUAGCUGAGAAUUCCAGAUAGUCGUUGGCGAGAAGUGUUCAUAAAUGAAUGAGAUGUGAGAAGAUGAAGAAAACAGAAGGCACAAUAGAUAAAUGGGAGUAUUGACGAAAUUCAUCCCUAGGCUUGUUUGUCCUUUUGAAAGUCAUUUGUGAUGGUGGUGGCUGUCUUAAUAUCCUAUGGCAGUGAGUUCCAUAGGGUAAUUAUUAUGCACCAUGUGAGUAACUGUUUCUUUUUGCUUUUUUCUUUUAGACGACACUCCAGAAACCUGCAUCUAUUCCAACUGGUCCCCAUGGUCAGCCUGUAGCUCUUCCACGUGUGAAAAGGGCAAGCGGAUGAGGCAGAGGAUGCUCAAAGCUCAACUUGACCUCAGUGUGCCUUGCCCAGAAACGCAGGACUUUCAGCCAUGCAUGGGCCCAGGCUGCAGUGAUGAAGGUAGGAAAGAGAAGAAAGGGGGGGUUGAGAUAAAGGUAUACUUCUCUUCCCACCCACCCCACAUCCAGAUGAGACUUAGAAAAGAAAUGGCAAUUGUAUUCUAUAUUUUAGAUGGCUCCACAUGUAUGAUGUCCGAGUGGAUAACGUGGUCCCCCUGCAGCGUCUCUUGUGGCAUGGGAAUGCGGUCGAGAGAAAGAUAUGUGAAGCAGUUCCCCGACGAUGGCUCUAUAUGCAAAGUACCCACAGAAGAGACCGAGAAGUGCAUUGUGAAUGAGGAGUGCUGUAAGUAUUUGAUUUAGCCUACCUCGCUGAAUCAGCAUAAGAGCUGCCUGUGAUCCCUCUAUUAAAGGAGUGCCAGUAGACUGAUCUUCUUUCUGCCUAUUGCUAUCAAUAGCUCCUAGUACCUGCCUGGUGACUGAAUGGGGGGAGUGGGACGAAUGCAGUGCCAGCUGUGGGAUGGGAAUGAAGAAACGGCACCGGAUGAUCAAGAUGACCCCAGCAGAUGGAUCCAUGUGCAAGGCAGAAACCACGGAAGCUGAGAAAUGCAUGAUGCCCGAAUGCCGUAAGUAGCUGAGAUUCACCCAAUCACUGUGUGGGAAAGUGGCAUGUCUCCCCGCCUUGAGAUGUGGCUCAACUACAGCUUGUUAUACUCAGAGACAAGCAAAUUUGCAGGUGGAAGAAAGGCUUGGGAAGGCAACUGAGCUGAUGCUUCUCGCGUAGCCAUGUUGCAUAGGGCAUGUGGCCUAAAGUUAGGGAGGGAUGAACUGGCCUGUUUUGGGUAUGUGCCCCUUUCACAUAUUUUUACCCAUAAUUCUAUUCCAUUUCCACAUUAAUCUUCAAUAUUAAAAAAAUCAUCUCAAACUACAUAUUAAAAAUUAUGAAAACUGUUCUCUUAAAACGUAUGUAUUUAAAUUGUGACACACACCCCAUCUUCAAAUUAUGUAUUAAAUGCAUACUGUGUCACAAUAUUCAAAGAGGUUCAAACUCAGCAGAUGGCUAACAUCUGCCCUACUUGUUAGUCCAGGUCCUUUUGCAUAAGGAUUUGCAAAGACUUCAGCAUCCCAAGCGGCCUUGGCGCUGGGGAUGUGCUUUCUCUUUUCUCUAAAGUCUAAACUACUUUAAAUAGCUAUUGCAACAUCCUACAAAAUUCCUUUGUCUCUUGAUGAUUAAUCCCAUUUGUUUGGCAGCUUUAAAGCUUCAAAUGCAAAACCUGCCAUUAUUGACUUCAUCUCCCUUUUCUUGGGCUGCACAAAAGAGCACUUGUUUCAGAUGGAAAGUUAUGUGAUUCAUUUCGGCAAAGCCACCUUUAACAGUAUUAGCAGGGAGGUGGCAUAUAAUUACAGAGUGCACUUAAGUAAAAGAUACCACUUUAACUCAGAUUUGAAGUCAAGUCUGUAACAUGACGUAUGCUGGAUAUUCUUAAUCUAGGCGUUCUUUUUCUACAUCACUAUCUUCAGAUAAUUUCCUAGGCCAGGAAGAUUAUGGGCUGUGGUUUGAAUGCAACCCCAGGGUGUUUGACCCACAGUGCCACCUGUUAAGCCUGAAAUGGUGCAACCAACUCCACUACCCCAUUCUGCUGCAUUUUUAUACCUGCCCUCUAACCCUAGACUAGGGCAAGGCAGAUGGAAGGGUCAAAGACCUUUAUAAUGAAGAAGUCAGGUCCAGGGCAACAGGGCUGAAAUAUGGAGGGAUCCAGAGAAUUGAGGGCAAGGGGAACUGGCCAGAAGGAUGAGACUGAUAUGCAAAAAUAACCCCAGAAUCCCCUGAAACAGAUAAAGAAUAGGCUGAACAGAUGAGGAGGUUCACAUGAGCAGGAUCUGCAGGGGUUUGAAAUAUUUCUGAUUUGAAAUAGCCUUCCAGAUCUCUAUUUUGGAAAACCAUUUGCUUCUGAUUUCUUCUGCAGCCAAAAUUAUUCACCUUUUUAAAUCAAUAUUCAUCUCAGUUAUGUUCAUCUGACCACGGUAUGAAAAGAAACCCCAUCAACUAUACAUCUAUAGCACUGCUCCUGCCUGUUUUAUAGGUUUUGGCUGGCUCUCGUGCAUAUAUUAAUGGGACCAUAAAUCAGUUCACUAGAUACAAAAUUGCAUUUCCCCAUGUAUGGACCAUUUCAUACAACAUUGGCCUGAAGACUCAAGUCGAGAGGAGAGCUCCACGCAGAAUAAGCAUGCAUUAAACAUAUGCUGCAGAAUAUAGCUUUCAAAUUCUUAUUCUUAAGUAUGUACAGGCACACGCUAAUACGUAAUGUACAAAAUGGCUCUGAGGCUAACAUUAAUUAGUAUCUCUCAAGCCUCUCCUGUCACUGUGAUUUAUGUACUCAGUCCAGCGAACCUUUGCAUGUUAUGAAAUCACCCAUAAAUCAGUCUAAUGUGAGAUCUCAAUGGAUUGACCUCAAGUCUUGUAAAAGAAUAAACAGCACCAUUGGGUGGCUAGAGGACUAGCCAUCUCCAGGCUAUAAAAAUCAUCAGGGAGUGCAAGCAGCUGUGUGCCACCCCCAUCAUGCCAGUCACCCUUGUUUACUGUUUUUACACAUCAUGAAACCAGCCCCAGGAAACCGUAGUGGUGUGAACUGAUGCUGACCUGACUUUACGAGGUGUGAAAAUAUCCCUUGUCUCAGGCUCCAUUCCCUGCCUAGCCAGUGUCAGUUUAACUCUGGACUUUGUUCUCUCCAGUUCACUCUCUUGACUGAAUUAUUCCUGGAUUUCCCUCACCCCGUUCUCUUGGUACAUUUUCUCAUUGGCACAUGUAACAAUUUCCUUCAAGAACGCCUAACAAAUACCACAUUCUAGCAUGGGUGAAUGAAUUCAAUUGACCUGACUUUAGAAAAAUAAUCAUUUCAGGUUUCAUGAAAUACAUUCAAAAUCACAACAAAGAGCCAUAAAUGCAUCUUCAUUGAUACAAUACUAUUAGCAUCUAGGGGCACCAAACUAUCCAAAAUGAUUUUUUUAAAGCUUUGGGGGGGACACUAAUUUUGGGGCCCCUAAAUCAAUGUAUAAGUAUUUACAAAGGUAUCUUGCUUCAUCUCCUCUUUACUGAAGCUGCAUUGUAGAGUAAACAUACCACGCUGUGCCAGUUUGCACACCAUAGUCAUUCAACCACUGGAUGUAAAUGUGUCCAGAGUUUUCCAGUGUUGUAUGACCUCUAACCUCUUUGGUGGAAGCCACUAGGGCUUACAAUGAUACUUGAACUGUAGCUUUCUUGGAUUCCUUACACUGGUGAUGUGCUCAUUGCUCAAAGCUAUGUUAAAGUAAACUCGUUUUCUCAGGGCACAUGUAGAGUUCCAGUUGAACUGAGCUUCUUGGCAAAAGCAGCUGCCAUUUAAAUUGGAGAAAUAGCACAGGGGAGAUGGGUUAACUCUGUCCCCUCAUAGCCCUGAGCCAAUUCAGGGAGAGGACAGACUGCUCCCAAGAUGGAAAAAAGAGAGACUGGGGGAGCUGAUUGCAAUUUCUCAUUUGCCCCACAAGUGAGAAAGAUGGGGUGAUGGGGUCACUGGUGUUUGCACCCUGGUAGUCAAUAUGGAUUUGAGCCAACAAGGGUCCUCCUCCAUUGCAAGAUCCACAGUACCAAUCCAGUCUUUACCAAGUGGCCCUGUCCUCCAGCUUUUUCCAAAUGGCUGGACAACACUUUGAAAUUAAAGCCUGGCUGUGAGCUAGUCAAUCUUUCUCCCUUGCGCUAGAUACCAUUCCCUGUAUGCUGUCUCCUUGGUCUGAAUGGAGUGACUGCAGCGUAACAUGUGGAAAGGGGAUGAGGACCCGACAGAGAAUGCUGAAAUCUGCAGCAGAGCUUGGAGACUGCAAUGAGGAGCUGGAGCAAGUAGAAAAGUGCAUGCUGCCCGAGUGCCGUAAGUACAGAUGUCUGGAGUCUGAAGGCCAGGUUGCUGUUUCCCUUCCCCUUCUUUCCUAUUCAGCAUGCUGCUUGGCCAGAAAUCUGGUCAUUCUGUUUGCUUUGACAAAGUGCUACUCCUAACCUGAUCAUAGCCUUGAGUCAAGAGCGGUGAUGCACAGCUACACAGGCAUUGCCGAAGCACCAUUUCCACACAAGCUGUCAGGGCAGGGUCAUCGACAAGCAGACUGACAUGGGCAAGGAAGUGGGAACAUGGAGAUCUGGGACAAAGAUGUAAGUCAGACCCAAAGUACAAAUGAGAAGGCGGAAAUCAAGGAGCAAGGCAGAAAUCAGUACCAAAUAACAAGAGCUACAGAGCUGAAGAACAGGGUGGUCUUUACCAAGGGGUGCAAGGGGUGUGGUGCACCCGGGCGCUGAAUUCUGGGGGGGGGGGCACCAAAUGUAUACCCACUGUACACCAGUCCCUCUUGAUUUGCAGCAGUGAAAAGCAAUAGAGCAGAAGUCCCCACCCCCCUCCUCCAUUGCUCUGUUACUCUGUAGCAUCAUAUAUUCCCGACGAGUCAGGAAACAAAAGCAGGUUUUUUUUGCUGCAUUGUUGUUACAGGUGAGUGAUUCCCCCUUCCCAAAAAAGCUCAACAACCUUGAGUUGGCCCCCCCUAAAAAAGGUCAACAAAGAACUUUGGGGGUGCUGGGCAGAUCUUUGCACCCCGGCGGCUCACAUGCUAAAGACUGCCCUGCUCAAGAAGACCUUGUUGCUUGAAUAAGGCUUGGCUGAGUGGGCAGAGUCAGUCCAAGGCUUGAAGAUACUUUGCUUAUAAGCUGUCACCUUAGAAGCUGUCACCACACAGGGCACAGAUAUCAGCAGCUCCUGACACAAGGGUAGAAUGUCUAAUUCUAUUGCAGAGAUCACAGAGAAUGAUUUCUUCUGUGUCAGUGUUGGAGAGCCUAUGAAAGGCCUUCCUUGCUGCUGAAAAGUGUUUGCAAUGGUGAUGCAGAACUACUGCUAGUUCUAUCACACACCUGAUGCCUGCAGAAAGCAGGCUUCGGUUCUACUGCCCACCUGCUGAUCAACAGUAGAAAUGAAGCUUUCUGGAUCAGCUGCACCUGGUGUUUUGACAUCCCAAAUUCAAGGCUUCAAAAGUGCCCAAGCCCCUGACUCGUUCUGAUGUCAGAUGGUUGACAGAUGGGCAGCCCCACCCCCUGUCAGAUUUGGCCCAUGGAGCCAAAAAGAUUCCCCACCCUGAACUCGAGACUUCCCAAAAGAUAGCUCAUACUUUUAACUGCUAGAUCAUCCCAGCUUUCAAAUGGUGAUGACUGCAGGAUCUUUCUGUUUUGGCUCCCCAACCUUGCUCCCACUUCUGGUCUCCUAACUCUGCCCACCCACAAGAGUGUUCCAUUAUAGAGCCAAGUGCCACUUAAAUUCUUUGAAAAGAUUUUACCCUUCCAAAGAUCCAGGUUAUUCUCACUAGGCAUCCAAGUAGCCUGCAUGCUGGGGCUCUGAGGAGGAGAGUGCCACUGGAUUCUGCCAUAGGAGGCAUGAAUGAGUUCAAGGUAAUGGGUUGGUUCAUUACAGUGGGAAGUAGAGGAAAAGAGUGUAGGGGGAGAGAAUAACAGUGCCUUGUUGAGAGUCCCUGUGAUUCUCAGGCAUCUCUGUGUCUGUGAAAGGAACAGAAUGUGAAUGUUGUCUGAAGUGGUGCAAAAACAGCCUCUGGGUCUGUGUGCUCUAAAGACGAGCAUUUCACCGCUUCCAUAUUCAUUUCUGCCUGGCCAAUGAAAGGCCACCACAGAUGGAGAGUAAGUCCCCAGUGGAGUAAUUUGAGCUUAUUCUCAAAACAUAAUUAUAAGAAGAUGAUCUAGGUUCUGUGUUGCUAUAAAACAGCCUUCCCCAAGUUGGUGCUCCUAAGCUAGCAUGACUAGGGAUGAUGGGAGUUGUAGUCCACUGGCAUCUGUAGGACACCAGAGUGCAGAGAGCUGCUAUAAAAUUUGCUCUGAGACCAUCAGGGAAUUUUCCUGCUUUUUGGUGCCACUAUCAGAGCAUAUUGACAUUGUUCCUUAACUUCAUUUGUUUGCGUAGCUUGAUGCUCAUGGCAGCCUUUCUUGUUCUGUCUGUGUAGCCAUUGACUGUGAGUUAACAGAGUGGUCUCAGUGGUCAGAAUGCAACAAAUCUUGUGGGAAAGGUCAUAUGAUCAGGACAAGGAUGAUCAAAAUGGAACCCCAGUUUGGAGGAGCUUCGUGCCCAGAAACUGUACAGCGUAAAAAAUGCCGGAUAAGGAAAUGCUUGAGAAAUCCCAAUAUUGAGAAACGGCGGUGGAAAGAGCCUCGUGAAAAAAGGAGAAGUGAGCAGGCAAAAGAAGAUGUAGAUGGCGAGCAAUUUCCAGGUAUGUGUUGUAGACGUUGCUUGGAACUGUUGUGCCACCAAAAACUAGUUAAAAGAGGAGCAAACAGGCGCACAACCCUAGACUACAAUACUAGUUUGUUUAUUUAUUCCUGAGUCAUUUAUAGAUUCUGAACUGGUCCCCAGAGAUCACAGGAAUGAUUAACACACAACACACCCCCAAAAAAAUUAUAAAGAAAAUACAACAUGAUUUAAACCAAUUUCAGAAUAAACACAAAACAGAAUAAAACACAUACUAAGCUCAGAAAGAUCCAUUAUUUUUUCAAGUCAUGUCAAACUUAGGACCGUUAGUUUUGAAGGGUCUACUCUGAAUAAAACUUAGCUGGCUACAAGCACCUUUUCCGAAAUGUAGAAUGGGAGCACAUUCCAUAGCCUUGAUCCUCUGCUUCUGUUUGUCAUUCGUCCUAUCUAUUUAAUAGAAGGGGCCCAGUUAAUGUACUAGGUAGGGCUACUGCAGUCCCUUGUGCAUUUGUAAGAGCAGCCUAUUCACAUGGGCAACACCUGCCACUCAGAAGAUCCAUUGUGUGGAUGUGGCAGUUGAGAUAGACUCAUGAGCCACAGAUAUUCACGAGGAAUUUCUAAAAGUAUAAACUAUUUCUCAAGGUAACAUGCCGAAUGACCUGUGGAAUUAUUUAUAUAUCUAACCAUGAUAUUUUAAAAGCUUGAAGUUAAGAACAGAAAUCAAAACAAGUGUACAGAAGAGAGAAUUUUCACACAAAGUAUUGACCUUCAUGCUUUUAUUUUAUUUUAAUUUUAGGUUGUAAGAUGAAACCAUGGACUGCUUGGUCAGAAUGUACCAAACUGUGUGGGGGUGGAAUCCAGGAAAGGUUCAUGACAGUCAAGAAGAGAUUCAAAAGCACUCAGUUUACUAGUUGCAAAGACAAGAAGGAAUUAAGAGCCUGCAAUGUUCAUCCGUGUUAG